GCCCUGCAAACACAUGCACGCGCACCCCUUAGGGGAAGCGCGCUCCCGCGGGCACGGUUGCUUUGGAGAUAAAUGGGGACAACAUAGCAUGCAGGACCCAGGAGACUCCAGAUCCCACUGUGUGUGACCAGCCCUGCGAUCAGGGGCCCUGAAACUGAGCCAGCAAGAAAGAGGGGGGCCAGUGACACCCCCAGAGUCAGACAGAGGUGGGUUACCAGCCCCAGCAAAUGCCAAAAGUGGCAUUUAAGUACUAACCCUAUUAAGAAAGCCACAGAAAUGACCCUGACAUUAAUUAUAAUAGAUUUAAUUAUAAACAAGAAUAUUUAAAAAAAUAUAUUUUAUUAUAAAUCUAAUUAAAUUCUAAUUUAUUUAUUCCCCCAUAAAGUGUGAUUUUUUCAAUCAUACAAAUUUUAAUUCAAUUGAACUUUUUAAAUUUCCUACUUACAUAUGAUUUACACGUUUCAGAAUAAGGCACAAAAUGCCAAACUUUUACAUUAAUUAAUAUGACUUUAGUACUUUCUUACCCAAACUGACACAAAAGUGCAGGUAGGGACCUGAAUAGGAUGGACAGUACACUUUGAAAUGCCAGAUACAUCCAUUGCACAUUGUCCAUUGUAUGUGAGAGAGAAUUAAAACUGGAAUUAUUACUGAAACAAAAUGUUUAUCUGAAUUAAUUAUUGUCUUCAAAUACAAUGUUUAAUCUGUAUAUUUUUGUUACUAACAUCACAGUUUGUGCGCAUGUAUACAAAGAUACAAAGCUGUAUUCCUGGCACUAUCGCUCCCCUUCCUAAUUUAUUAGCACCGUGAUGAGAGAACCAGGAAAUGCUUAGACCCUUGAUUUAAUUACCCCCGGGGCCAAAUGAUUCCCCACCUGCAGUUCCAAGCUCCAAAGGAUGCUCCUUGCCUGAUCCCAAGUGUAAACCCUCUGGCUGGUUCUAGGACUACCUACCCCUAAAUACCAUAACCUAUCCCUUAACUCCCAAUCAGAAAAGCUGAGAGCGCCACAGCAUCGGUUCACAUCUCUGGAUAAUCUUAGCAAAUCAUUGUAUUUACUGGUUUUAUUAUUAUUUGUUUAAGAAUAUCGAAGGCAACUGUAGGAUUUAUUAGAGUGAAUGGGCUUCAUAGGGCAAUAGUUUUCUUGAGAGAGGGAACUGGUGAAGUAUUAUGAGGUUAGUGGCCAGGGGCUUUGGGGUCCCUGACUACCCAAUGGGAAGGGGAGGUUACACCUGACAUCAGUGAACAAGUUAUAUAUUUAUUAUUAGUCUUGGUUUAUAUAGCACCAACGUAAACUGCAGCCCUGUACAAUAUUAUAAAGGGGGAAAUGUAACAAUAAAUGAGACAAUUACGAAAUAUUACAAGAACAUUAGGUUGAUGAGAACCGUGCUUGAAAAAGCUUACAAUCUAGAACAUGUAUAACUAUAUUAGAACUACUUAUAUAUUUAACAAGUCUUAUAUCAUGGAAGAGAUCUCUAAUCUCUCUCCCUCCCCUUUCAAUACAUCACCCAACCCGACUCCCUCCGCUGUUCUAUGCUCAUUCACACGUCCUACAACGGAAGAGGUUUCUGCUCAGCUCUGGUCCUUCCGCACCACCACCUGUUCCCUCGAUCACAUUUCCUCAUAUCUCAUCUGCACUCUGUCUCCCUCUAUUGCUCUACCUCUCACUAAAAUUUUAAUUCUCUCCCUUUCCUCUGGCACAUUUCCUUCACCCUUCAAGCAUCCAACCAUAACGCCAAUUCUGAAAAAGCCCAACUUUGACCCCAACUCCCCAUCCACCUACCGCCCUAUAUUGCUACUGCCAUUUGCCUCCAAGAUCCUUGAAAGCAUUGUGUAUGCAAGAUUGACAGACUUCAUCGAAUCCAACUAUCUGCUUGACCUGCUUCAGUCUGGAUUCCGUGCUCGUCACCCUGUUGAAACAGCUGUGACCAAAGUAUCCAACGAUUUAAUCGCUGCUAAAUCUCACGGUCAUUACUCAGUCCUAAUUCUCCUUGAUCUUUCUGCUGCCUUUGACACUGUUGAUCAUCAACAUCUUCUUACCAUUCUCUGUAAUCUCGGUCUAUGUGAUACUGCUCUGUCCUGGUGCUCCUUCUACCUCUCCCAGCGCUUUUUCAGUGUUUCUUUCUCUGACUCUGCCUCUUCUCCCCAAUCCCUCUCUGUUGGAGUUCCCCAAGGUUCUGUCCUACUCUAUCUAAACUGCCUCCCUUGGUAAACUCAUCAGCUCCUUUGGCUUCCAUUAUCAUUUAUAUGCAGAUGACACACAAAUCUACCUGUCCUCUCCUGAUCUCUCUCUGCCCAUCUUGACUCGUGUCUCUGACUGCCUCUCCUCGAUUUCCAACUGGAUGGCUGCUCACUUCCUUAAACUUAACCUGUCCAAAACUGAACUUCUGGUCUUUCCUCCCUCAAGUGUUGCUAUUCCUGUGUCUGUCUCCCUUCAAGUCAACGGUGCCACCAUCACCUCUACCUCGCAGGCUUGCUGCUUGCUGCCUAGGUGUUCUCUUUGACUCCGACCUCUCCUUCACCCCUCAUGUCUAGUCGAUCGCCAAAUCCUGUCGCUUUCAUCUCAAAAACAUAGCUCGCAUCCGCCCCUAUUUAACACCAGGCGCGGCUAAGGUGCUGGUCCAUGCCGUUGUUCUUUCUUGCCUUGACUACUGCAAUCUCCUUCUCAGUGGUGUUUUGUGUUCCCAGAUUGCACUGCUACAAUCUAUAAUGAAUGCGGCGUCAAAGCUCAUUUUAAUGUCCGCACGCUCCUCCCACACCUCCCCCUCUGUCAGUCCCUACAUUGGCUUCCAGUUAGAUAUAGGGCUCAAUUUAGGAUUCUGGUGCUUGCUUACAAGUCCCUACAUAAUGCUGCUCCAACCUACCUAUCCUCCCUAAUACACAAGUAUGUCCAGUCAAGGCCCCUGUGCCUUGCCAAAGACCUAUGUCUAUCCUCUGUCUGUACUCCUACCUCUGAUGCUUCUCCAGGGCUGCACCUUUUCUGUGGAACUCCCUUCCCUUCUUCGUUAGACUUUCACCCAGUCUCCACUCCUUUAAAAAUUCUUUGAAAACACACUUCUUCAGGAAAGCAUAUCACUUAAACUGUUAGGGGGUUUUCACCCGUCUCUCCCCCUCAUGAGUCCUCUCCUGCAGCUGUCAAAAAUUACCUACUAAGUACUCAGUGAAUACCUUUCUAGCAACCUAUUUCAUUACCUCUACUUAUACCCUUUGUGUCACCAUACCCCACUCCCUCGAGCAUUUAAGCUCAUUGAGCAAGGCCCUCAACCCCUCUGUUCCUGUGCGUCCAUUUGUCUGGUUACAAUUACGUGUCUGUUAGUCCACCAAAUGUACAGCGCUACGGAAUUUGCUGGCGCUAUAUAAAUAAUAAAAUACUAAUAAUCAUAUGUUCUAUUUAAUUUUAGGAAAUAAAAUAAGAAAACAAAAUUAUCGGUCUUUAUUAAAUUAACUGAUCUUGCUGAUACUCUUUAUGAAUGCUUUUUUAUUCUGCUCACUCUUUCUGUGUUGCAUUAUAAAUAAUUACUUUGUUUUAUUCUAUAGCACCCUCUUUAAUGUGCAACAUUCUUAAAUGUUUAGUAGAAAAAUAUAUAACAAAAUCUUCCAUUCUUUGUUAAAGUUAAAACCCUUAUCUGGUUGAGCGUUAGAAGAAUUUCUAAACAAAGAUGGAGCAUGAUUUGACUUCUCAGAAUGCAGAUGUAGCACAGCAAACAGAUGCUAUCGAGGAGCCAGGUACAGAUAAAAUUAUACAGGAUUCUACAGGAGAAGAAAGUCUAUUGGACCCAGAACAGCAGCAAAACCCUCAGGAAGAGGAACAUGGAAGCUUCAUCCAACCGUCACAGUUUGAAACUGAGGAGCAAUUGCAUGUGUCAGAAGAACAACCUGUUAUUGAUGAGGUAACAGGGGCAGGACAGGAAGAGCCAACUGCAACAGAGAAAGAAUUGUUCAUGGGACAGCAGACUUAUAGUUCUGAUCAGGAACAUCAUGGAGUAAUAUUAGAGCCGGAAGUAACUCCUUUAGAGCAGAACCUGGCAGCAGACACAGUAUCUGAGCAAACAGGAGACCAAACAGAUCAAGACUCAAGUACAGAACUUCCACAAACUGAGCAGAUGGUCCCACUCGGUCCAGAAGCCAAUUUAGAACAGUCUGAGGACAUACCGGAGAAAGACAAUGCAUGUGCAAAACGUGAACUUGAAAAUAAUGGAUCUUCAGAAUUAUCUAAUUCUACAGCUACAGGUAUGUCGCUCUUAUAGCCAUUCGCAGGUGGUUACUUUACAAAGGGCAAUCUCAAACCAAUUCAUCAUUAAAGGAACACUAUAUGGUCAGGAACACAAAAAUGUAUUCCUGACCCUAUAGUGUUAAAAACACCCUCUUGCCCCCCUAAAUAUAGCAAAAUCUUACCUUUAUUCCAGUUUGCUGCUACUGGCUCUCAAGGAGGCAGAUCAGGGGCAGAGCCAGCACAAGCCAAACACAGCCCUGGUCAAUCAGCAUCUCCUCGUAGAGGUGCAUUGAAUAAACGCAUCUCUAUAAGGAAAGUUCAGUGUCUGCAUGCAGAGGGUGGAGACACUGAAUGUCAGUCACAUUAUGCAGCACUGCCCCAGGAAGCACAUCUAGCAGCCAUCUCAGGAGCGACCAGUGGAGGUAUCCCUAAGCUGUAAUGUAAACACUGCAUUGGCUAUGAAAAGACAGCGUUUACUGCAAAAAGCCUGAAGGGAAUGAUUAUACUCACCAGAACAAAUGCAAUAAGCUGUAGUUGUUCUAGUGACUAAAGUGUCCCUUUAAAUCUGGAUAAAUCACUGUAAUAAAAUCCAUAUGUCACAUUGCAAGUUAGUCAGUAAAUAGUGCCAUGUAAAAAAAAAAAAAAGUUAUAUUAAAGGAACACUAUAGUCACCUAAAUUACUUUAGCUAAAUAAAGCAGUUUUAGUGUAUAGAUCAUUCUCCUGCAAUUUCACUGCUCAAUUCACUGUCAUUUAGGAGUUAAAUCAUUUUGUUUCUGUUUAUGCAGCCCUAGCCACACCUCCCCUGGCUAUGAUUGACAGAGCCUGCAUGAAAAAAAAAACUGGUUUCACUUUCAAACAGAUGUAAUUUACCUUAAAUAAUUAUCUCUAAUAAUCUCUAAAUUGAACUUUAAUCACAUACAGGAGGCUCUUGCAGGGUCUAGCAAGCUAUUAACAUAGCAGGGGAUAAGAAAAUCUUAAUUAAACAGAACUUGCAAUAAAGAAAGCCUAAAUAGGGCUCUCUUUACAGGAAGUGUUUAUGGAAGGCUGUGCAAGUCACAUGCAGGGAGGUGUGACUAGGGCUCAUAAACAAAGUGAUUUAACUCCUAAAUGGCAGAGGAUUGAGCAGUGAGGCUGCAGGGGCAUGUUCUAUACACCAAAACUGCUUCAUUAAGCUAAAGUUGUUCAGGUGACUAUAGUGUCCCUUUAACCAGUGACACAUCCCAUGAUUGAUAUUGUUAUCCUUGAUAUUUCUGUAGCACAUUUACCACGAUAUUCAACAAGCCUUAAAACUUGCAAAGCAUCAUGGGACAUGAAGUUCGGAAACAUCUGAGGUGCCAAUGUUAUUCCUCGCCAAAAGUGUUAGCUGUUAAAUAUCGAGCAUAAAGUAUGCAAAACAUAGAGAUCUGUAGAGACUGCAGAUAUAUAGACAUGCAAACGGCAAUUCGUUUAUGAACAAAUUGAUUCAUUCGCAAUAGAAAUGCAUAAAUUUCGUUCAAAAGCAUUUUUUCCAUCUAUGAAAGAAACAAAUGGCAAAUGAAUCGAUUUGUUCAUAAAUUAAUUGCUGAUUGCAACAUUUCAAAUAUAUAUAUGUUUUCCUGAGAAUUUACUUCCCAGGUUCACGUUAUUAAGGACGUGUGAUCUCUAUUUUAGGCUCUGUUCCACCUUUUUAACCUUAUGUCCUUCUUUUCCAGGUGCUCCAUAUUUUUGGUGUGUCUGAGUGUAUCACAGAGCUCCACAACAAUAAUACUCCCAGUAAUGUGUCUGAGUGUAUAACAGAGCUCCACAGCAAUAAUACUCCCAGUAAUGUGUCUGAGUGUAUAACAGAGCUCCACAGCAAUAAUACUCCCAGUAAUGUGUCUGAGUGUAUAACAGAGCCCCACAGCAAUAAUACUCCCAGUAAUGUGUCUGAGUGUAUAACAGAGCUCCACAGCAAUAAUACUCCCAGUAAUGUAUCUGAGUGUAUAACAGAGCUCCACAGCAAUAAUACUCCCAGUAAUGUGUCUGAGUGUAUAACAGAGCCCCACAGCAAUAAUACUCCCAGUAAUGUGUCUGAGUGUAUAACAGAGCCCCACAUCAAUAAUACUCCCAGUAAUGUGUCUGAGUGUAUAACAGAGCUCCACAGCAAUAAUACUCCCAGUAAUGUGUCUGAGUGUAUAACAGAGCUCCACAGCAAUAAAACUCCCAGUAAUGUGUCUGAGUGUAUAACAGAGCCCCACAGCAAUAAUCCAGGUGCUCCAUAUUUUUGGUGUGUCUGAGUGUAUCACAAAGCUCCACAACGAUAAUACUCCCAGUAAUGUGUCUGAGUAUAUAACAGAGCUCCACCACAAUAAUACUCCCAGUAAUCUGUCUGAGUGUACAACAGAGCUCCACAGCAAUAAUACUCCCAGUAAUGUGUCUGAGUGUAUAACAGAGCUCCACAGCAAUAAUACUCCCAGUGAUGUGUCUGAGUGUAUAACAGAGCUCCACAGCAAUAAUACUCCCAGUAAUGUGUCUGAGUGUAUAACAGAGCUCCACAGCAAUAAUACUCCCAGUAAUGUGUCUGAGUGUAUAACAGAGCUCCACAGCAAUAAUACUCCCAGUAAUGUGUCUGAGUGUAUAACAGAGCUCCACAGCAAUAAUACUCCCAGUAAUGUGUCUGAGUGUAUAACAGAGCUCCACAGCAAUAAUACUCCCAGUGAUGUGUCUGAGUGUAUAACAGAGCCCCACAGCAAUAAUACUCCCAGUAAUGUGUUUGAGUGUAUAACAGAGCUCCACAACGAUAAUACUCCCAGUAAUAUGUCUGUGUGUAUAACAGAGCUCCACAACGAUAAUACUCCCAGUAAUAUGUCUGUGUGUAUAACAGAGCUCCACAGCGAUAAUACUCCCAGUAAUGUGUCUGUGUGUAUAACAGAGCUCCACAGCAAUAAUACUCCCAGUAAUGUGUCUGAGUGUAUAACGGAGCUCCACAGCAAUAAUACUCCCAGUAAUUUGUCUGAGUGUAUAACAGAGCUCCACAGCAAUAAUACUCCCAGUAAUGUGUCUGAGUGUAUAACGGAGCUCCACAGUAAUAAUGCUCCCAGUAAUGUGUCUGAGUGUAUAACAGAGCUUCACAGUAAUAAUAAUCCCAGUAAUGUGUCUGAGUGUAUAACAGAGCUCCAUAGCAAUAAUACUCCCAGUAAUGUGUCUGAGUGUAUAACAGAGCUUCACAGUAAUAAUACUCCCAGUAAUGUGUCUGUGUGUAUAACAGAGCUCCACAGCAAUAAUACUCCCAGUAAUGUGUCUGAGUGUAUAACGGAGCUCCACAGCAAUAAUACUCCCAGUAAUGUGUCUGAGUGUAUAACGGAGCUCCACAGUAAUAAUGCUCCCAGUAAUGUGUCUGAGUGUAUAACAGAGCUUCACAGUAAUAAUACUCCCAGUAAUGUGUCUGAGUGUAUAACAGAGCUUCACAGCAAUAAUACUCCCAGUAAUGUGUCUGAGUGUAUAACGGAGCUCCACAGUAAUAAUGCUCCCAGUAAUGUGUCUGAGUGUAUAACAGAGCUUCACAGCAAUAAUACUCCCAGUAAUGUGUCUGAGUGUAUAACAGAGCUUCACAGUAAUAAUACUCCCAGUAAUGUGUCUGAGUGUAUAACGGAGCUCCACAGCAAUAAUACUCCCAGUUCUGUGUCUUCAAACUACAAUAAAUGUGUUUAGAAAUCAGUUUAUGUAAAUAAGAUAGUUUGAUUCCAUUUUCUAAAUUCCAGUUACAUAAAUAGGUAUCACUAGGCCAUGAAGGUGCCUAAAAGCCCCACCCUGACCACAACUUGAGCCCAUUCUCUGAAAAUGUUCCUUAUUGAAUUUAUCUGAAGUGAUAUCAGGGUCUAGAUCAACCCAGCUGUGAAUGUGUAGUUAAAAUAAAUUCUUUAACCCCUUCAGGACGGGUGACGGACGAGGUCCAUCACACAGGGGAGACCCUUAACGACGGGUGACGGACCUCGUCCGUCACGCGGUAAAAUUAACCCCGGAUCGCCGCUAUCGCGGCGAUCGCGUGGUUAAUGGUGCUCCCGGUAUGCCUCUGCAUUAGAGGCAUACCGGGAGCACCCGGUCAAGCUGCCCAGCACAUGUGCUCGCUCUGACCGCAAGUCUGAGCGAGCACAUGUGCUCUCUAUACUCACCUACCGGCUCCCUGCACUUCCGGGUUCUGUGUGAAGUGCAGGGAGCCGGAUCAGUGCUGAUCCUGCCCCCUGCUGGAAAAAAAAAUAAAGUUUAUUUAAAGUCCCCCUUACCCAUUUUAAUAAAAAAUUAACCCCUUCCCUGCCAAUUGAUCACUGACUACAGUGAUCAAUUGGCAGGGAUUACAUUUUACUAUGAUCUGAUUUUUUUUUUUAACCCCUGAGGGUUAAUUUUUUUUUUUUUAACCCUCAGGGGUUAAAUUAAUUAAAUUAAUUAAUUAAAUUAUUUUUAAAUUAUAUAUUUAGAUAGCUGGGGUAGGUGGAAGUUAGUGGGGAAUUGGGGGAUUUGACGUUAGGCUAACUAGGGGUUAACGUUAAAAAAAAGUUUUAAAAGAAACUUUAAAAAGUUAAAAAUUAAGCUUAAAAAAAAUGUUUUAAUAACAUUUAAGUAAUAAAAACAAAAAAACACACUUUACCUAGUCCAAAUAAAAAUUAACCCCUUCCCUGCCAGUCGAUCACUGCCUACAGCGAUCAAAUAGAGAUCACAGUAUUAUACUGUGAUCUAAUUUUUUUUAACCCCUGAGGAUUAACUUUUAUUUAUUUUUUAACCCUCAGGGGUUCAAUUUAUUUAAUUAAUUAAUUUAAAUAUUUUAUAACUAUAUAUUUUGCUAGCUGGGGUGGGUGGGAGUUAUGGGAAAAUGGGGAAUUUACUGUUAGUGCUGCGUACUGCUAGUUAGGGGUUAACAGUAAAAAAAAUAGCUUAGAAAAAUGUUAAAUCUGUAAAAAAGUUUUAAGAAAGUUUAGGAAAGUUUAAAAAAAAUUUAUAAGCAAAACAAAAGUUUAAAAACUAGUUUUUAAAAGUAAAAAGUUAUAAAAAGUAAAAAAAUACAUUUUAAAAACGCUCAUUACCACUACACCUGGAACAAACUAGAGAAAAAAUUAUCCCACGCCAAGGUUCAAAAUAUGCCUUUUGAAUUACCCCAGGGUGUAUUCUUUAAUAAAUAGUAUGUGUUUGUGGGGAAGUCUCAAUAACCAACCGUCUAAACUAUUCCAAAUUGGAACAUGGACACAGCGUAAAACUUCAAAGUUAGAAAAAAACUGAAUGGCUGCGUCUCAAAUGCGCCCCUUCAACAUCCACAUAUACCUGGCAAAGGUACAUACGGGGGUAUUGCUGUACUCAGCCGACAUAGCUGAGCAACAUAUGAAGUAUUAUACAGUCAUAGUACACAUAAGGUUUGCAAAAUAUGCUGCGCAAACUCACUUUGUAUGUCAAAAAGGCAGAAAAAAUGCUUAUUACCACUACACUUGGUACAAGCUAGCGGAAAAAUGAUCCCACACUAAGGUUCAAAAUAUGCCUUUUGAAAUACCCUGGGAUGUCUUCUUUAAGAAAUGGUAUGGCUUUAUGGGGAAUUUGGAUUAUAUAGCCUGGUAAAAUACUCUAAAAUGGGACAUAGGCACAGCAUAAAAAUUCAAAGUUUGAAAAAAACUGGAAUGGCUGUGUCCCAAAUGUGCCCCUCCGAUGUCCACACAUACCUGGCAAAGGUACAUACGGGGGUAUUGCUGUACUCAGCCGACAUAGCUGAGCAACAUAUGAAGUAUUAUACAGUCGUAGCACACAUAAGGUUUGCAAAAUAUACUGUGCAAACUCACUUUGUAUGUCAAAAAGGCAGAAAAAAUGCUUAUUACCACUACACUUGGUACAAGCUAGCGGAAAAAUGAUCCCACGCUGAGGUUCAAAAUAUGCCUUUUUGAAAUACCCUGGGAUGUCUUCUUUAAGAAAUGGUAUGGCUUUAUGGGGAAUUUGGAUUAUAUAGCCUGGUAAAAUACUCUAAAAUGGGACAUAGGCACAGCAUAAAAAUUCAAAGUUUGAAAAAACUGGAAUGGCUGUGUCCCAAAUGUGCCCCUCCGAUGUCCACACAUACCUGGCAAAGGUACAUACGGGGGUAUUGCUGUACUCAGCCGACAUAGCUGAGCAACAUAUGAAGUAUUAUACAGUCGUAGCACACAUAAGGUUUGCAAAAUAUACUGUGCAAACUCACUUUGUAUGUCAAAAGGCAGAAAAAACGCUUAUUACCACUACAUCUGGUACAAGCUAGCGGAAAAAUGAUCCCACGCUAAGGUUCAAACUAUACCUUUUGAAACACCCUGGGGUGUCUACUUUAAGAAAUGGUAGGCCUUUGUGGGGUAGAUUGAAUUUAAAACCUGCGAAGAUGCUUGGAAAUUGCACAUAGGCCCAGCGUCAAAAUUCAAAGUUUGGUAAAAACGGAUAUGGCUUGGUCUCCUAUAUGGCACUGUAGCUUCACAAAAUAGUGACAAAGACAUUCAUUGGGGUGUAUUUUUACUCAAAAGACUUAGCUGAGCAUAAUUUGGGAGGUUUGAACUUAGUGGCACAUAUGAAAUAUACAAAACGCCCAGCAAAAAUGCAAUCCGUAUGUAAAAAAUGCACAAAAUAAUUUUUUACCACAUACUUUGGCAUAUAUUGGUGAAAAAAUGGGGGUAUGUUAAGGCACAAUAUGCACCUUAUGAGAUACCCUGGAGUGUCUACUUUUACAAAUGGUAGGCCUUUGUGGGGGUUUUUUGAACAGUCAAACUGUUAUAAUACCCCAAAUGGAAGCUAAGGCUCAUUAAAUCCGUCUCUCAAAAUUCUACUGUGAAUACUGUAAAGGACAGGUCUCCUAUAUGGCACUGUAGCUUCACGAAAUAGUGCCAAAGACAUUCAUAUGGGGUGUCAUUUUACUCAGAAGACUUAGCUGAGCAUAAUUUGGGGGUUUGAACUUAGUGGCACAUAUGAAAUAUACAAAACGCCCAGCAAAAAUGCAAUCCGUAUGUAAAAAAUGCACAAAAUUAUUUUUUACCACAUACUUUGUCAUAUAUUGGUGAAAAAAUGGGGGCAUGUUAAGGCACAAUAUGCACCUUAUAAGAUACCCUGGAGUGUCUACUUUUACAAAUGGUAGGCCUUUGUGGGGUUUUUUGAACAGUCAAACUGUUAUAAUACCCCAAAUGGAAGCUAAGGCUCAUUAAAUUCAUCUCUCAAAAUUCUACUGUGAAUACUGAAAAGGACAGGUAUCCUGUAUGGCACUGUAACUUCACGAAAUAGUGCAAAAGACAUACAAUGGGGUGUCAUUUUACUCAGCAGAUGUAACUGAACACAAAAUAAAACUUUGUACAGGAAUAGCACACACCAACUUUACAAAAUAUACACGAGAAUUUCUCUGUUAUAAGUUUGUGUGCCAAAAACCAAAAAGAACACAAUUUUACUCCAAUAUUUAGCAGAGGUUGGCGGUGAAAUGGCUACGUAGAAAGUGUCAAAACAACCUUAGGUAAAUAGCCCGUGAUGUCUACUUUAUAUAAAUAUAUACUUUUGUGUGGCAAUUUUGUUUUCUUUUAUGGCUAUUAAGCUUACAAGACAAACAUACCAAAUUCUAAAAUCGCUCCACAUUAAAAGUUUAUUUUACUCCUUGUGCUUUGUGACCUGUAACUACCAAAAAAAACUUAAAAUCCCAGACACAUUAUAUAUUCUGUAAAUCAGAACAAAUAAAUAAAUUUAUUUUUAAUUACUUUCCUUAACCUGCACUAAUUAUGCACACAUUAUUAUUGCAAAAACUGUAAAAAAAAACAAUAUUUUUCAUUUUUUUUGCAUUUUUCUGUAUUUUUUUUAUAAUAAGUAAGCAUUUAUAUAUAUAUAUGUUAUAUCAAAUUAAAGCCCUUUCUGUCCUUUAAAAAACAGUAUAUAAUAUGUGUCGGUGCAAUAAAUGAGAGAGAUGCAAAUUGCAGUUGAACGCAAACAGCAAGAAAAUGCAAAAAUUGCUUGUGUCAUUAAGCGUAAGUCAAGCUUCUGAAGCUGUGUCCUUAAGGGGUUAAUCUUCUAAAAUACCACCCAUAUGUUAAUGAUGCCUGCAGUAGAGGGGUUUAAUGUUAAAGGGGACUUUGGGGGUAACUGCUUUGAAGAUGCUCUGGGUGGUAACUCCCACAAUACUUAGCCAAUCUGUACUCUUUUAGAGAUGCAUACUAUAAUUUGUUUUAAUAUAUUUUUCAGUUAAGGUUAUGCUGGUUCCUGAUGGUCAAGUGGUUACCAUGGCAUUUUCUAUUGGAUAUUCUGUACAAAACCUUAAAAACUACUUUGCUGCCGAGAUGAAAAUACCUGAAACCGUCAUUCGGAUAACGUUUGAAGGUAUGUCAUAUAAUUUUGGCAUAUUGUGAUAAUAAAAGCACUUUGAUUGUUCUGCUGAGUCCUGUUUUGCUUUUGAAUUUCCAGUUUUCAAGGAUAAUGUUGCACUCUAACUUGAAAGUACUUUCUUUUAAAGGAACAUUUAAUAAAAACAAACUGUAUUCCUAAAGUUAGAGUGUUGUUCUAUCUAUUUAGAUAAUGUAAAAGGUGUUUUACUUACCUUAUUUCCCCCCAGAAAGCUGCCACACUUCCAAAGAAUUAGGAGUGUUAGUACGCAUGUGCAGCAAUCACCAUGCUGUGCCAAACAGCAUCUCCUCACAGAGCUGCAUUGAAUUAAUGCAUCUCUUUGGGGUGCAUUCAACGUCUUCUUGCAGAAUGGCAGAUGCCACUAAUAAAUGAUUGCAGGACCUCAUCCAGAAAGUCCAUCUAGUGCAGGGUUGUCAAACUCGUUUGUUCCAGAGCGCCAAACUGUCCACUGAGAUAGGUAUGGAGGACCAAAUGCAUAAAAUCUAUAUGCACACACACGCGCAAACAAGAUGCAUACAUACUGAGAUGCAUACAUACUGAGAUACAUACACACACACACAGACACACACACACACACACACUGAUACAUACAAACACCUUGACAGAUACACACAUAAAUGUACUAAUUGUAAUGUUUGCAGCCACCCUCCUGUUAGCAUACCUUUUGUGUCCAACCAUUCCUGGCGUACUGCUGCUAUCUGAGAUCGAUGGGAGUGAGUGCGGGGGUCAGCAGCAGCUGGUGCCUCCUCCUCCUUCCUCCCGCACGGCGCUUUCUUACAAAGCUGGGAGGAAGUGAUAGGCUGUCACUUUCUCCCAGGCAGCCGAAGCACAUGGGCCUGAUUUAUGCUCUUAAAAGGCCCCUGUUCAGCAAUAAUACACAUCAGGUGGCCCUAAAGCUAUUGGCCACCCGAUGGCCCCCAAAGCAUGUAGACUGUUGUUCCACCACUUAUAUACACUUUACAAGCAGAUACACACGUAUAACUAAGAACUAACAUAUUUUAGCUAACAUUUUAGCUCCCCCCCAUCCCACUCUCCUGUGUGUGUGACUGCUACUGCCUCCCCGCACGGCUCUCAUAAGCUGGGAGGGAGUGACCUGAACUCACUUCUUCCCAGCAUGUUGCAGGCGGAGGGUGGACUAACACUGUGACAGGGGCACGGUCAGGUGCAUGCCGUAUUGUGGGGAUAUUUAUGGGAUAAUAAUAGUAACAGUGAGAAUUGCCCACUAAUUCAAUUCUCAGAUCCCAAAGAACGUUUAUCGUGUUAAGUGGAAUGUAUUUCAUAUAAUUAAUAUUCACGAUUUGUUAUAAAAAUAGAUUUAUUUAUAAUAACAAGUUAAUUAAUAAUAACAUGUAACAUGCAUGACAAUAAUCAAUGAAUAUUCAGUAUAAAAUGGUAUGCAAUACAAAGAAAUGGGUAUUACGUUUCAAUGGCUAAACGGCAUUAUCUGUCAAGACUUCUACGAUUUAUGACUAGCUUUCACAGACUGAAAGUGAAACUUUUCACAGGGAAGAACAGAAUUCCUCAGAAUGCAGCGUAAGGUCGUAAAGUUUAACAGACAGUUAGAAUAACCCUUUCAAUGCUGGCUAGAUCUCCUAGGUAAUUAAGAUCUAUUCUUAUGUAAUUUUUAAAUAAAAUAACAUUUAAACCAGUUCAUUAGUCAUUUCCUGAAACCAUCCAAUAAGAGAAUCUACCAUAUUAUAUAAGCAGAUUUUCAUUUUAAUUUGUCUAAAAGAUAUCUUAUCUUAAUUUAGAGCAAAUCAAUACACCUGGAUAAAAACAGCGGUAUGCUAACACGUGAUAAUAUCACAUCAAUAUAUAAUUAUUCUUAAUUCCACCUGCAGAAUGGAAUGUUUAUAACUAUAUAUUCUUUAGUUAACUAAGAUUUCUUAAUAUGGAAAUCUGACUGUGCUUUAUCCAGUCAUAUAUAAUGCUAUUAAUACAUUUUAAUUAAUUUAAUUAAUUAAAUGAAACCAGUAUAAUUACCAGUUGAGUAGAUAUUUCAUCCGAUUGGUAGUCUCAGGAACUUAUUUGGAUGUCUCUCUGCAUGGAGGUUGGAGUCCCCAAACUUCCAAUUCCUCUCUCCUCUUUUUCUUUGCAUAUCUCUUGGAUCUGCUCUCCUCGCAUCUCUCUAUCUUCCCUUUGUCUUAACUUUUAAAGGGCCAGACUCUCUGUACGUCAUCAGAUGAUAACCCAAUAGAAGCACUAGAGGUGUGGUUAUCUUCCAGAUCGCAAAUUAGUUAUUUGGUCUGUAGAGGGCAGUCUUGUCCCACUAAACAUACCUAUCCAGGAAAGAGUUAACUUUUCCUGGUGGCUAUUUUGACGUCAUUUUGCUUAUCUCAAAUGACCACUAUAACUUACGUAUCCUUCAAAGAUCAAAGGGUUUCUUAAAUUUUGUCCAGACUAUGUGUCUGGCAAUUCCUGCCAUAAUUUCUGAUAUGGCAGAUCAUGAACUAAGUUUACCCUUUUCCAUACAAUGGUACCUUAUACAUAUAGACAGUUAAAUAUUAAAUUAUUUAAUCUUCUCUGUCACAAUUGUCUGGGUUUAGAUUUGAUUAUAUUCUUCUUAUCACUUGUUUAUACUAUGCAUUCCUUAGCUCUGGCAAAGAGGCCAGUCUUACAGAAAGAAAUCUUGUGUCUUUUUUUUUUUGUUAACUUGGAAUAACAAAAUGGAGUCUGGUCUGUUCAGAGUGACUCAGAAUAUACACUUUUAGUUUCUAUCAUAGCACAAAAUGUCUGCCGAUAUAAAUACUCUGACAUAACCCCCCUUUAGUGCAUUUCAUAGCCAAAAUUAAUUUAGCUUAUGAAUAAGCACUAUAGAAGUUACCAGACAUAUUGUGCAAUCACAUCAUUUCUAACAUCGGCCCGUGCGUGGAAUGAACAUUUUUGUAUAUAUUUGUACCUGUAAGAGUUUUGAACUUUACACUUAGUACAAUCAACCAUAAUAUCAUUAUUACAUAGUACAUUAUUUUCAUUUGAAAAAUGUCUUUGAGAGUUACAUAUGGUAUGGCCAAUAAAAAGGAAAUCUCCAUACGUUCCGGAUCAAUUAAGAGAGGUAUAGCGCUCCCCAUCUCAAAGACCAGAUUUAAUUGCAUAGGCUCAAUUGUCUUUCCAUCCACAUUGGCAAGCAUCGCAUGAACAAUAUCCUUGGAUACAAAAUACAGAGGUAUGCGUCCCCCUGCCAAUUCGAUCAUUCCAGUUUGCACUUCGUCAAGAAAAGCAAGUGUGUGGAACAAUAUUGGGUCAUGCAGAAAUAGAAGUUCACGCUUAAAUAAGUCAUGACUUUGGUGCAACUCAGUGGAUUUGGCAAUUAACUCCGAAUGCAAAUUUGUUGUAACAACUGUGUCUUCCACAAUAGUUAACAUGUCUUGGAGAAGUGUUCUUUGCUGGUUUAUCACCUGAUGAAUAUCGUUAAUGUGUUGCUUUAGCGCAUAGAUUUCCAUAUCCAGCUUUUGGACAGUAAUAGAGUUGGCUGCAGACAUUCCAGUUGCGACAACUGCACCGACAGUGGCACAAACUAAUGCAACAAUUAUAGCGGUGAGGAACCUUUUGGGUCGGUUGCUCAUCGGAAUAGAACUGGAUACAAAUGGUUUCCGGGCUUGCUCCAAGAUGUUUCGCACACGGUCCUGUGCUCUUUGGAGGUGCAUCUGGUACCAAGUCUGUAACUCAGGAAGCUGCAUCGAUGAAAUGUUGUAUGCCUUCUCGAUGGAAAUCUUGGGGUCCAAGCUGACGAACACACGUCGGGUCAGGAUCCUCUUCUCUGUCAAGAUGAACCCUGGUGUCUCUUGAAUCAGGAUGCCGGAGGAUGGUCCCAUCUCUGCGAUCGGGUCGGUCCGUAGCUCUUGGCACAGGAGCAGUAUGAUCCAGAAACACGCCACAUCCUUCUUGGACAUCUUUCGACAGUCACGGAUCAGGAACUCGUUUCAGACUUAUCUACUAAUGAUUCAAGGUUUGUUAAGCAUACAAACUUAUGACAGUGUGACAUCACUUGGCCUAGGACAACACAUUAUUACGAUUCAUCAACAUAUGUAUUCUGUCUAAUUCUAUUUUUAUAACUUCAUCCCUCACUACAUUUAUUACUGACUCUUCAGUAAUUUGCCUAUAGCAUUUAAACAAGCUAGUAACCUGCUUAUAAAAUGUAGUUAUUGGAUGGCAAGGAAAUGGUUAAUGACAUGAACGUACAUGAGAUCAUGGCACAUCACAACAUUUCACAUCAUACUAUACCACGUGAAUCAAGCAUUCAUCCAGGUUAGUCGUUCACCCUUCUGCGUCUGAAUCCACACCUAUAAUCCUUAAUUGAGAUUUAGGAUGACAAGCACGCAACUGGUUAAUGUGAACCCACUUUUCAAUAAAAUCACCAUCCUUAGGAAUUUUUAUCUUAUACGCUACUGGGGAAAUUUUGUCAAUGAUGACAUAUGGCCCUUUCCAAGAAGGUAAAAAUUUCUUUUCCUUGACUUGAUUUCGCGCAAAGUUAUACAGAUAGACUUGAUCUGUUAUCUCAUAUUCCUUUUUCGUGGUUUUUAGAUCGUAAUAGGUCUUAACCCCUGUCGCUGCUUUUUCUAGAUUCUUUUGGGCAAAAGCAAACGCAUGCUGUAAAUGCUUGCGCAAAUCUUCGAUAUACUGAUGCGUAGUGGCAGCAUUGAUCAAGUUAUGAUCUGAAGUACGAUAUAGUAAAUGCUGUGGUAAAACCAUCUUUCUUCCUGUCAUCAAUUCAAAAGGUGACAAUUUGGUAGCAGUGCUAGGUGUGGCUCUAAUCACCAUUAAAACUAGGGGCAAUUUAAUGUCCCAGUCUUUACCAGACUCCUUAACAUAUUUCUUCAGAAUAUUAACGAUAGACUGGUUAUAUCGCUCUACCCCCCCGCUAGACGCAGCGCGGUAUGCAAUAUGUAGCUUUCGUUUAACACCUAGAAUGUUCCACAUCUUAGCCAUUACUUCACUGGUAAAGUGACUACCUCUGUCUGACUCAAUUCUUUGAGGCAGACCGAACCUGGAAAAGACAUGGUUAAUCAACAAAGUGGCGCACACGGUACUCGUGUUCUCUUUACAAGGCAAACAUUCUAUCCACUUUGUGUACAUACAUGUAACAGUUAACAUGCAUUUGUUACCUCUUGAAGAUCUUGUUACAGGACCUAUAAAGUCAAUUUGAAUAUCAGACCAGGGUAAUGACACCCCCCUCUUCUGAAGUGGUGCACGAUGGGUUGGACCAUGGGGUUGAUAUUGCGGACAAAUCAAGCAUCCCUGACAGUAUGUCUUAACAUCCCUUAACAUGUGUGGCCAAUAUGCAUAAUCACGCAAUAUCUCAUAUGUGAUCUUAUCACCACGAUGCCCAGAUGUAGGUGCAUCAUGUGCGUGUUGGAGCAUUAACCCUCUGUAUACAGUUGGGACUACCCAUUGUUGUAUACCAUGUUUAGAAGUUUUGACCAGUAACCCAUCCAUGAUACUAAAUUGGACUUUAUAUCUCAUCAAGAUUCGUAAAUCUUCAUUAUCUUUGCAAUCCUCAUCUGUGAUGGGAUUGGCAGUAGGGUCUUCUAUAUGUCUAUAGAAUAUGCCUAUGACGGGAUCAUUCUUUUGACUGGUAAUCAGGUCCUCACUAGGAGCUUCUUGACUCCAUUGCACGACAUUUAAGUCGGCAUUAUCUCUAGCCUGUCGUCUAGUUAUGGCUUCAACAUGAAUUGAACCCAUAAGAUCAUCAAUGUUUAGGGUUUCACCAUUGAUGGCAGCUUGUUUUGCCAGUGAAUCGGCUAAGUCAUUACCAUCCUUGUCAAUACCUUCUAUUUUAGAAUGGCCUUUGGUUUUCUUCCAAUAUAUGGUUAAACCAUUUUCCUUAACCAACUCAUCGAUUUUACAAAACAAUUUUCCAUGUUUAACAGGUUUGUUAUUGCUUUUCAGCAUUUGGUUACGUUUCCAGCUAGGCAGAUAUUCGAUGAAACUGUUGCGAACAUAGUUGGAAUCAGUUAUGAUAACGAAUUCUUUGAUACUAUAUUCUAUUGCCAUUUGAAUGGUCUUAUAUACUGCACAGAGUUCGGCUAUCUGACUGCUUUUGGGACCAAUAUUGUAUCCUAUAGAUACAUUGGGAUAAUCACCUAUCCAGGCGAUUCCGAUACCUGCAACUAACUUCCGUUCAGCACCAGCGACGUGGUGAUAUGAACAACCAUCAAUGUAUACCCACGGUAGUGGUCGACAGUAUUCCUCGUCAUAAACUUUAUAAGGAGAUAGCAAUUGCUCUUCUAGGAAGUCAUCUCCGGUGUCAUUAUCAUCCAGAGAUGGAGCAGUACAGUCAUGUAAUUCUGCUAAACCUUGGGCAACUGUGCUUCUCUUAUUAUGUUUAUAACGGACUUCUAACGGCCAUCCCUGUAAGGAUAGAGUCCAUGCAGUAAUCCGACUGUUAGAGAGAUUACCGUCUCUAAUUCUUUCACUCUGCAGAUACUGUAGAGGUUGGUGAGCUGUUUCUACAAUUAUUUUCUCACCUUGGAUAUAGCUACGAAAAUUUUGUAGUGCCCAGACAGUCGACAAUAACGCCUUCUCACACGUGUUGAAUUUAACUUCAACAGGUGACAAAGUCUUGCUAGCAUAUGCAAUAACUUUGUUUAAACUGUCCUGCUUCUGAUACAGAACAGCACUAAUGCUUAAAUCGGUAUAUCCUGUCUCCAGAUAGAAGGGUUUACCCCCCUCUGGGUAUGCUAAACAGGGUGCCUGAGUGAGCUUCCUCCUCAGUUCACUUACCGCUUGGUCCUGAGGCUCCCCCCAGUUCCAGGUAGUUUCCUUUUUAAGCAGGUGUAAGAGUGGUUUAGUUAUUUCUGCAUAGUUAUCUAUAAACUUACGGGAGUAGUUAGUCAUACCAAGGAACGAUCUUAAUUCCCUGAUGUUUGAAGGUGUUUUAGCCUUGAGUACGGCUUCAACCUUCUUCCUUUGGGGAUUUAAUCCUUCAGAAGUUACUUCAUGUCCGAGGAAAUUGACAUGGGUGCGACACCAUUGCGCCUUUUGUAAAGACAGUUUAAUCCCUGCCUCUCUUAACUGAGUGAGAACAUGUCUAAUCUCUAAGAUAUGCUUAUCAAAGGAAGUGCUUUUCAGCAAGACAUCGUCGACAUAUGAUAACGUUCCUCUCUCGAGUGCGUCAGGCAUAGCUUUAUGCAUGAACACAGCGAAUUCAUGACCAGAGUUUAUGUAACCGAAAGGCAUACGGUCCAGGUAUACUGCUGCUUUCCAAAUGUGAAGGCCAAUUUGUAUUGGUCUUCAUUAUGAACUGGUACAGUCCAAUAUCCCUGCGCACAGUCAAUGGCAGUGAAUAUUUUGGAUCCCUGCAUUUGUACCAAACAUUGGUCUAUGUAUGGUGUUGGCCAACCAGACAUAUAGAUGCGUUUAUUUAGCUGUCGUAAGUCAGCGCAUAAACGCCAUUGUCCAUUAGGUUUCAGAAUCCCCAAGAUCGGAUUAUUAUACGAACUGUGCACUGGACGUAUAAUGCCCCUUUCCUUUAAAUUCUGAAUGAUGUCUUGUAGACCAUCAUAUGACGCUAAUGGGAGUCUAUAUUGUUUGAUAAAUACAGGUGGUAAAUUUGGAUCAGUUUGUAUUCUGGCUACGUGGAGGUUAGUUAACCCACAAUCGUAGGAAUCUUUGGCAAAAAUAUCUUGGAAUUCCAAAAGGAUUUCCUUUAGCUGUUGCCGCUCAGCAUCGUUGGAGCAACUGUCAGCUAAAGAUAUUUGCUCUUCUAGCCUUUCCUGAAAUCCUGGAAAGAUUUCAGGCUGGCCUAUCUCAUAAGCUUCUUCAAGCCUAGAAGUUAGGUCAGUUCGGUGUUGACUUACCUUUUCUCUUUGGUCGUGAUACUCUUGUGAUUCCUGCUCAUUGAGCGGAUGAUCGAAGGUGAUAGAUGCUUCUUCGAUUUUACAUGAGCCUUCUUCAACGUUGAAGGGAUAUACAGAUAGGAUAGUGAAUAAUCCUUCUGGGGAGGAAUGGAAUAUUUGAUUGACAAUUUCGUCCUCAGUUAAGUAUUCUUCAGGGAUGAGGCCUAUAAUUUGGUUUUGGAAACCAAAUGUAUAGUACUCAGCAUCCAAUGCUAGACCUAAUAAUGUUCCUUUUGGUAAAGUAACACUAUUGGGUGUAACAUUGUUGACCAUGAUAUAGGUGGGAUUCUUACCAAUACUUACCAUUGGUGUAUGUGUUACCACCAUCCCUAAUUGUUGUAUCCUGUUGGAUAAACAGAUUAGGGCAUCAGAGUUUUCUGAUCUCUGACCCUCCUUGACCUGUAGGGGUAAAAGAAAAUUACUUGUCCCCUGUGGAAUGGUUAUGUCAUCAGGAACUUGGAUACUUACCGCAUAUGGGAGUAUUUGUCCUGAUUUCAGGGCGUUUUCCUCGUGUAGGUAUCCACAAGGAUUACCUUUUAACCUUGUCCACAAAUUGGAAUUAAUCAGAUCAAGGUGUAUGGCAAAGCGAUGUAUGACAUCAUUGCCAACGUAAACCUGAUAGCGAGGUUCGUUUAUCACUAGGAAUAAAUGUUUAACUGUCUUAUUUCCGAUGGAAAUAGAUAGUAAACAUUUUGCUAUCACAUUGUGACUCUCUGAUUCGCCAUCCAGAUUCUGGAUCCACCUGUCAUGUGGGGAAGCAUACCUGAUCAUUUUAGGAUUAGCGAUCUGCUUUAACAGACUUCUGCUAAUAUAGCUGUUCUCACUCUUGAAGUCUAGCUUUGCAUUCCUACUUCUUCCUAAGUCAUGUAUUUGCAUAGGAAAGAAUAAAUUGUUAUUAACCCUUUCAAUUCUGGCAAGGAAUUGAGCAUGACCUGCCAGAUCUACAGAUUCAACAUAGUCCCUGUGGAGAGAAAUGGUUAAAACAUCACCUUCCAGAGAGACAUUCUGGAUCCUCUCUGGAGCAAUUCUUACGGAAUGCUCAUCUACAGGUGCGAUUGCAUCAUUCACCUGCAGGAUAGUCACGUCAGGUGACUGACUAUUUCUAAAAUGUACCUCAAUUGAGUCAGGUCUUUCUUCUAUCAUAUGGCAGUUACGAUCAGAUCGAACAUGUGAUUUCUCAUAGGUUAUGGGAACCUUAGCUUGUGACCAUACAAUUCCAUUUACACAGUCAAUAAUCGUGUUAAGUCUUCUAAGUAUGUCUAUACCCAGAAUCAGUCGGUCAUAGGGGAGAUCUACCACUAUCACCGGGUGUCUAAAGGUUUUGUUACCUAUUUUAAACUUUAACCAGGUAUUGCCAAUAACAUGAAGGGCAUUUCCUCCUACACUCAACAGAGCAUUGGGGAAACCUCUUAGCUUCGGCUUAUCCGUUGCUAAGUCCAUUACCUGCUGGAAGUAGGUAUUGGAUAAGAUAGUGGCUUGUGAACCAGUAUCUAUUAACCCUUUAAAAGGCUGGGGUAACGAAUCCUGUAUUUCUACAGACAUGUAGUACCUUCCUUCAUGUUCUUCUAAUUCACAUAAGAAUUUAGAAUGUGUCAACAUAUUACUUGUUUUCCAUACAUUACCGGUCACAGCAGUAGUUUCUACCUGUACUGAGGAAUGCUCAGUCUUACCCACAGGCCCAUCCUUUUUAGGAACAUCUUGAACUGUCAAGCGGGAACUAGUGGUCGGCAUCUCAUCAGUUAACCCUUUCAGGUCUGGAUCCUGGAAACUAGUGGCUGCUGGGGCUAUUUUAGCCUUUGGCUGAAAUGAAAAAACAGAGGAACACGUCGCGCCUCCUUCACCCGGAAGUGAAGUGACGGUAUAGGCAAUAGGUUUUCUAACACAACUAUUGUUUGUUUGACUGUUAGUACUUGGAAAGGAAACAGGGUUAGGUAUUACAUCUACUGAUAACCUAGCCUGUUUAGUCACAGUAGCUAUUAUUGCUGCGGCACCUGUUGUUGUUGCUGCGGUUGCACAGGUAGUUCUGCAAUUGGAGCUAUCCCUAAAAAAGGAUUUGUGGCCAAGACUUGGUUAAUCUUUGUAAUUUCCUCCAUUAAUUUGCCCAUCUGGUCUGUCAAUUGACCAACCUGAUGACGCAAAUUAUUUCCCCCAUUGCCGUUUUGUCUUUGCCCAUUAGAAUUUGGCUGGGAUGGCUGAGACUGUUGGGAGUUAUUGGAAGCAGAUUGGUUGUUUCUGUUUCCAUAUCUCCUAUUUCCCUGAGGAUUCCUUCUCCAUUGGGAAUUGCCUUGGUUUUUAUUAACCCAGGGGCGUUUAUUCCCAUUGGCAUUGGAUUUUUCAGAGUUAUUAGAGGAAUUUGCAGAAUUGCUUCCGGCAUUUUCCUGUUUCUGAGGUUUUGGAGAUUUCAAAACCUCGGAAUUGGUCCUCUUUUUCUGUUGGGUUUCUAAACCUAACUGAAUUUUAGUCUCUGACACCAUUUUAUCACCAGGUUUCUUAACCUUUGGCUGAUUUUCAUCAUGUGCAUGGUGUAUAGUAUACAACUUCCUGCACUGACUGACUAGCCAUUCUAAUGGUAACUUACAAUCGUAAUCUCUUGCGAGAUUCAUUUGUAUGUUUACUGGCAUGGCAUGAAAAUACAGAUCUUUGAAGUCUGUGCUUUCAUACCUGGGUUUCCUUUGGGCCACGGAGUAUGCAUUUUUAAGAAUUAUUAAAAAUUCUCUGGGGCUUUGAUCUGGACGGCACUUUAAGUUAUAAAGCGCCCUCUUUGCAGAGGCAAUGGUUUUAUACUUACCAUAUUCCAUGAUUAUUUCAUAUUUCAUCUUGGACCAGGACAUUAACUGUAUAGCUUGAAGACUUUCUAGAUAAACACGGCACAUUGAAUCAAAGGUCCAUGUAAUGAACCAUUUCUUAUGAAUGUCAUCAUACAUGCCCAAUGAAUUCAUUGCUCUAUCAUAAUUUUCCAGAUGUUCAGAUAUGUUUCCUGAACCUCUAGAAAAUUGUGGGACAGUCUCUCUAAGGAAUUUGAUGACCUUUGGUGUUUCAUAAACAGGCGUCGUUGAUUUACGACCUCUGUUUCUGUGUUUGGGUAAACGUCUAUGCGAUCUGUCUGCUGAAGAGGAAUUAGACCCGUACAACAGUGCAGAUGGCAUAUCAGUUACAUGGCCUUCAGAGUGGACAGUGCAAUCACUUUCACUCCCAUCACUCUGAGCUUCUUGUUCACUGUCACAAUUCUGAUCAGCAUCAGAAUUCUGCCAGUGUACAGAACCAUGUCUGUUUUCAUUCCUAUCACCUUGAAUUGGACUCUUCCUCUCAAGUUUGGCCAAGACAGCUUUUUCAAACUGUUCUGCCCAAGAUUGCCAAGGUGGCUUGGUAAUGUCAUGAGAUAGGGAAUCUUGUUCCACGGGUGAUUUUUUACAAUUACUCACAUCUUUACUUACAGACUGUUUUAUGAAAACCUGGUUUGGUGUGGGAAAAUCAUAAUAAGGAGGGGAUUUACAAAUAGUCUUUUCUUGCAUUUUUGUGCAACUUUUUGGCACAGAAUGAUGACUACCAACCUCACUGUCUAAUUUCUGACUCUCCUUUUCAUACUCAUCCAAUUGCAUUUUAAGCUGAUUUAUUUCCUGUGCAUAUUUAUCCGUCAAAGCUUUCAUUUCUUUUUCAUGAUCAGCCUGACGAGUUUUAUGCUCAGCAAGUAAAUCUUGGUAUUUCCCAUUUUGAAUGCCCAGAUCGUCACUGUACGUGUCCAAUUUGGCAUUCAAUGACUUGUUUUCAUCUAACACCUUAAGAAGUGCUGUUAUAAAGAAAGGCCAAGAGUGUAUUAUGUACGCCAUUUUCCUUUCUAUGUUCUUUUGUUCAGCAAUUUCUUUAAGAUAUAUGAUGAUGUGUUCAUCAGUUAGAAUGGUGUGUUUAGCUUCCCAUUCUAUGCUUUUCAACCAAACCUCAUAGGUUGCAUCAUUUUUCAUAUGUUUAUGAAUAUGAACUAGAGCAUGUUUUCUUAGGUCUUCAAUUAUUUCAGUAUUAUCUGUUACAGAUGUAUUACUGGAUUCAGCCAUAUUUCUAUACAGUGAUUUAAUCUCAAUACAAAACUCUUUUCUAUAUCAAGAUUAAAUUGCAUGAAUUACACCAAUAUUAUUAUAUAUGAAAUAUAAUUUCAACUUAAACGAUCUCAGCACCGUGCCUCCAAUAUGUGGGGAUAUUUAUGGGAUAAUAAUAGUAACAGUGAGAAUUGCCCACUAAUUCAAUUCUCAGAUCCCAAAGAACGUUUAUCGUGUUAAGUGGAAUGUAUUUCAUAUAAUUAAUAUUCACGAUUUGUUAUAAAAAUAGAUUUAUUUAUAAUAACAAGUUAAUUAAUAAUAACAUGUAACAUGCAUGACAAUAAUCAAUGAAUAUUCAGUAUAAAAUGGUAUGCAAUACAAAGAAAUGGGUAUUACGUUUCAAUGGCUAAAUGGCAUUAUCUGUCAAGACUUCUACGAUUUAUGACUAGCUUUCACAGACUGAAAGUGAAACUUUUCACAGGGAAGAACAGAACUCCUCAGAAUGCAGCGUAAGGUCGUAAAGUUUAACAGACAGUUAGAAUAACCCUUUCAAUGCUGGCUAGAUCUCCUAGGUAAUUAAGAUCUAUUCUUAUGUAAUUUUUAAAUAAAAUAACAUUUAAACCAGUUCAUUAGUCAUUUCCUGAAACCAUCCAAUAAGAGAAUCUACCAUAUUAUAUAAGCAGAUUUUAAUUUUAAUUUGUCUAAAAGAUAUCUUAUCUUAAUUUAGAGCAAAUCAAUACACCUGGAUAAAAACAGCGGUAUGCUAACACGUGAUAAUAUCACAUCAAUAUAUAGAAUAAGAAGUAGUGGCUCUGAUUCAGGGGUCGUGGCUACGACCGAUGAAUGAGUGCUAUAAAGUCCUGAAAUUACUCUCCCAAGAAAGGGAAUAACCCUCAAUAAAAAAACUUAAAACGGAAAGGAGGACCACGAGAGUCCUAAAUAGGAGAGUAAUAUGGAGAGGGGAAAAGGGGGAAAGGGGGGUCCCUACCUUUUAAUAAUUCUAAAGAUACACACAACAAGACAGGUGGGAAGAAAUAUAGUAAAAGAGAGUCCUGCAGGCUAGACACAGGAACCGGUUACUAAAAAACUGCCUGCUGAAUGUCUAGGAUCCUAAAAGGCACGCCCUCUAAAUCUUCCCAGAACAGGGACCCUAAUUGAAAAAGGGGGUAACUAAAGAAAUAGGGAAAGGGAGCAAAUGUAAAGGGAGGUAUCCCAAGGAGUAAAUAUUGUGCAAAAAACUCCUAUAAAGGUCCACUUGCCCUAGUUACCUCGGCACUGUGAAAAAUCACCAGUGCCUACCAAAGAAACUUAGUCCCUGCCUGUCAAAAGUAAAUAGUAACUGAUAAAAUAAAUUAAAUUAAAUCAAUCCAUCAGUGCUACCAAAAAAGUGCAAAACAAAGAAAAUAAAAUAAAAAGAAGCUCGACGCGCGUUUCAGCGUUUCAACACGCCGUCGUCAGGAGCAAUAAACUUUUGGAGUUCCCUGUAGCGAUUUAAAUACACCUUGUUACAAUCUAUAAGAUGGAAAGCAGCUGUUGUGUACCACGUGUGUUGCCGACAAUACUGUUAGCUUAUUGGUCAGCUACCUCUUAGGCCCGCCUCUUGUCCGCCGCGUCAUAUGACGUGGUCUUAAAGUGAAUGAAGGGGCGUAAUAAUGAGGUUUAGACGAUGUCCACAUGAGUUCAUCCACAGGAUUUUUAUAUUCGUUACAAUAUAGUUUGGAGACUUUAAUAGGAUACAGAACUAAAGGAGGGUUUACAUAGUGAUAACGAUAUGUAGUUUACAAGCGCCCAAUGCGCAUGCGCACAUAUCGGUUAGCAAUUGGUCCAAUGCGUAUCCCUCCUAUUCAUCUGUCGAUUGGAUCUGUCACUUGUCAGUCACGUCGUAAGACGUGAUACUGAACUGAAUCGAGGGACAUAAUGUUUAAAUAAUGCCCCCAUAAGACCCAAGUCGGAUGAGUUAUUCCGUAAGGAUUAUUAAAUUGGUAGCAAUAUAAUGAAUAAAAGUCCCGUUAUGAUCGCUAGUUAUUAAUAGUAGAAAUCACCAGUGGAUGAUUAUAGGCUAUGGCUGUCCAUUGGUCCAUUGUCUUUAAAAGUCUAUCCAUCCGCCAGAUACAGUCCUGGCAUAGGUAGGUGGAUAAAAUACAGGAAAUAACUGUGAACAGUGCCCCUAUGGGGUCAACAUGAAAAUAUACACGAAAUUCCCAUAGACAGAGACCCAUUAUGGACCGCUAGGUGACAAUAUGAUCUUAACAUGAUUAAUUAAAUACCCUGGUGAAGACUGAUACUGUACGAUCUUAACAUAGUAAAUUAAAUUGAAUAAAUGAAUAUCCUGGUAAUAACUAAUACUAAGUAGUAUAAAUUAAAGAUGCUCAAAUGUUGCCACAUGAUACACAAUAAAAAUUAAUUAGUAAAUAUUAACCAUAUACCCUGAGUAUAUAUGUCCAAAUUGUGGACAUAAUUAAAAAACCUAUGAUAUAUGUAUAUUAAUAUAUUGAUGUAAUAGCGGAAGGCUGAUUAAGACAUUACAGUAAAGGCUCGCAAUCCAAAAAAGUUGAUGACAUAAAGUCCAGGUGAUAAGCAUUUGGGAACAGAAGAAGUUUUGCAAAAUAAAAAGAUCAUAAUAGUGUGUACAUUAAUCCAUCGGGGGACUAAUGAGAAUUUCCCUAUAAAUUGUUUAUAUCCAAUAUAGAGAGAGAAAAAAAUAGAGAAAAAUUAGAAUUAUUAAAAGGUAGGGACCCCCCUUUCCCCCUUUUCCCCUCUCCAUAUUACUCUCCUGUUUAGGACUCUCGUGGUCCUCCUUUCCACAUCAAUAUAUAAUUAUUCUUAAUUCCACCUGCAGAAUGGAAUGUUUAUAACUAUAUAUUCUUUAGUUAACUAAGAUUUCUUAAUAUGGAAAUCUGACCGUGCUUUAUCCAGUCAUAUAUAAUGCUAUUAAUACAUUUUAAUUAAUUUAAUUAAUUAAAUGAAACCAGUAUAAUUACCAGUUGAGUAGAUAUUUCAUCCGAUUGGUAGUCUCAGGAACUUAUUUGGAUGUCUCUCUGCAUGGAGGUUGGAGUCCCCAAACUUCCAAUUCCUCUCUCCUCUUUUUCUUUGCAUAUCUCUUGGAUCUGCUCUCCUCGCAUCUCUCUAUCUUCCCUUUGUCUUAACUUUUAAAGGGCCAGACUCUCUGUACGUCAUCAGUUGAUAACCCAAUAGAAGCACUAGAGGUGUGGUUAUCUUCCAGAUCGCAAAUUAGUUAUUUGGUCUGUAGAGGGCAGUCUUGUCCCACUAAACAUACCUAUCCAGGAAAGAGUUAACUUUUCCUGGUGGCUAUUUUGACGUCAUUUUGCUUAUCUCAAAUGACCACUAUAACUUACGUAUCCUUCAAAGAUCAAAGGGUUUCUUAAAUUUUGUCCAGACUAUGUGUCUGGCAAUUCCUGCCAUAAUUUCUGAUAUGGCAGAUCAUGAACUAAGUUUACCCUUUUCCAUACAAUGGUACCUUAUACAUAUAGACAGUUAAAUAUAAAAUUAUUUAAUCUUCUCUGUCACAAUUGUCUGGGUUUAGAUUUGAUUAUAUUCUUCUUAUCACUUGUUUAUACUAUGCAUUCCUUAGCUCUGGCAAAGAGGCCAGUCUUACAGAAAGAAAUCUUGUGUCUUUUUUUUUUUUGUUAACGUGGAAUAACAAAAUGGAGUCUGGUCUGUUCAGAGUGACUCAGAAUAUACACUUUUAGUUUCUAUCAUAGCACAAAAUGUCUGCCGAUAUAAAUACUCUGACAGUAUGUGGCUAGUGACAGCUAGUAUAGGUGGUGUUAGACAGCAACGUAAACAUUACCUUUUCUCUGAAAAAGCAGCAUUUACAUUGCUCUGCCUGCGGGAACUUGCUAAUUGUCCCAAAGGGUUUCUUUAAGGUAUAUAUAACAACAGGAUUCAAAACAAGAAAAAAUAUAUUCUGUUCAUGUAAAUAUAAAAAUUCAUAGGCAAUAAAAUAAGGAAAGAAUAAAUAAAUAAAUGUUCAGUCAACCAGAUAAACUUGUCAGAGCCCCAAGAGCUAGCACUCAGGUAGGGAAAAAUAUAAUGGACAACUGCAAUGAAAACCAUCUCAGAAUGUUAAGAAUGCAUACCAAAAUGAAAAUGAGUAAGAACGAACAUGGUGGAAAAUAUCAGAGAAAUAUUUUCCACCAUCUUUAUUUUUUUUCCUUUUAUUCUUUUUCUCUAAUAUUUUCCACCAUCUUCAUUCUGACUCAUUUCAUUUUGGUAUGCAUUUUUAACAUUCCGAUAUUGUUGUUAUUGCAGUUGUCCAUUAUAUUUUUUUCCCCACCUGAGUGCUAAUUAUAAGUGAAUGACUGUAUCCAGACUAUAACUGACAAUACAUCUCAUCCUGCAGUUAGUUUUUCGGAUAACACAUGUUCUCGAUAUUUAGGACGUGUCGUAGAAGAUGUGGAGACGUUAAUGGGUUUGGGAGUCAUUCCUCAUGGAACCAUUCAACUGGAGAUCAUGUCCCUGGAUCCAGAGAACCAUCCAUUGAAAGCAAUGAAACUGCAACAAGAAUACAGCAUGCCCGAUGUCAUAACCGUCAGGGUGCCAACAGGUAUGGACAAACUGAGUUAUUAUGUGUGUGUGUUGUUGAUAGAGCUCAAGCUGGGUUAUAUAAGAGUUACAGGUUCCUUCCAAACACAAUGAAAUUAGUUCCAUUGAGUUGGUACUUAGUAAAUGUCUCAAAUAAAUGCCUGUUUGACAAAGCGCUAUAUCUAAGCCAGGGCUGCCAUUAGAAAUUGUGGGGCCCCUGACACAGCUCAAGGUCUGGGCCCCCCUGCACCCGAGUCCGCCCAGAGUGCUGCAGCCCCCGAGUCCGCCCACAGGAAUGCAGUGUCUGCAGGGCCGGUGCAAGGAUUUUUGCCGCCCUAGGCAAAAGUAAAGUUUGCCGCCCCCCCAUGUGACAUCACAAUGCCCCACCCAUAUGAUCUGACAUGUUAACUAACACCAGUGCUGCAGUGCCGCCGUGUUUACAUUAAAAGGCCUGCAGGGACAGGUUAGACACCAGAACCACUACAUUAAGCUGUAGUGGUUCUGGGGACUAUAGUGUCCCUUUAAUGUGAGGUAAAUUAGAGAUUAGUGCCACAAAUAAUAUACUAGAUUGCCUACUUACAACCAGAUGAGGAUGAUGAUGGGCUCUAGCUCCCGUCUGGCUCCACUGGUCUGGUGUAGAACAGGCUCUCUGGAGGCGGUUUGUAACUGUUUCUGCUUCUGGGAUCAACGGGAAGCAGCUCCAUUUUUUUGAGAGCCCUUUACACAGCUCAAUGUCUGGGUCCCAGGAUCCAGGAUCCACCUUCAUGUUCCACCAAUGAGUUUGUUCACAGGGGGUGGAGUGUGUGUGGGGGGGAUGUCCUGAUGUGUGUAAGGAAUGCAUUGUGUUAAUCUGUGUUUGUAUGUGUAAGGGCUGCAAGGUGAGUUUGUGUAUGUAUGGGAUGCAGUGUGUGCGUCUGUAAGGGAUGUGCAUUGCUUGUGUAUGUGUGUCUGUGUGUAAUGCAUUGUUUGUUUUUCUGUGUGCAAGGGGUGCAUUGUGUGUGUGUGUGAUGUAUGUCAAUCUCUCCCCCUCCCCCCCAUCAAUUUCCUUCUCCCCCCUCCAAUUUCCUUCUUCUCACCCUCCCUCCCUCUCUCUCCAAUUUCCUUCUUCUCCCCCUCCCUCUCCAAUUUCCUUCUUCUCCCCCCUCCAAUUUCCUUCUUCUCCCCCCUCCAAUUUCCUUCUUCUUCCCCACCCUCCAAUUUCCUUCUUCUCCCCCUCCCUCUCCAACUUCCUUCUUCUCCCUGCUCCAAUUUCCUUCUUCUCCCCCCCAACAACUUCCUUCUUCUUCCCCUCUCCAAUUUCCUUCUUCUCCCCCUCCCUCUCCAAUGUCCUUCUCCCCUUCCCUCUCAAUGCCUUCUCCCCCCUCCAAUUUCCUUCCUCCCCCCCUCAAAUUUCCUUCCUCUGCCCCCUCCCAGAAAUUUCCUUCCUCCCCCCUCAGAGUUCCUUCUUCUCUCCCCUCAGCUGUCUUCUCCCCCCACUCCUCCUCAAUUCCUUCUCCCCUUCCUCUCCUUGCCUUCUCCCACCUCAGGGCUUCCUUCCUCCUCCAAAUUUCCUUCCUCUUCCCCCUCCCUCAAAUUUCAGCCUUCCUCUCCCCCCCUCAAAUUUCCUUCUCCCCUCCCUCAAAUUUCCUUCACUCUCUCCACCUCAAAUUUUCCUUCCUUUGUAAAUUUCCUUCCUCCUCCCUCAGAUUUCCUUCCUCCCCUCCCCCUCAGUUCCUUCCUCCUCCCCCUCCUUAAAUUUCUUUCCUCCUCCUCAGAAUUUCCCCUCCCUCCCUUCCUUCUGCGGUUAUUUCCUCCCCUCCCUCCCUUAAGUUAUUUCCCCCCCCCUCAGAGUUUCCUCUCCCCCUCCCUCCCUUAAAUUUCUUUCCUCCCCCUCCCUCCCUUCCUUAAGUUUCUUUCCUCCCCCUCCCUCUGACAGCCGGCGCGAGGGAGCACUCUCCUCUGAGUGCUUUCUCUUCAGCUCCCUCGCGCGCCGCGUACUAAUGCCGGCUCCGGAAGAUGACGUCAUCUUCCGGCUCCGGCAUCAGUACGGUGCGCGAGGGAGCUGAAGAGGAAGCACUCAGAGGAGAGUGCUCCCUCGCGCGCCGGCCGGCUGUCAGGGCCAGCCUCUGGGGGGCCCUGAGGUGACCGGCUGCUGGGCCCCCCAGGAGAAGAGGCUGGCCCAGUGGGUACAUACCGGGGUCGCAGGGCCCCCUGCAACCCGGUAUGUACCCACUGAAUGUGGGGCCCGGACGACCUUAGCAGUCCGGGCCCCCCAGGACCGCCGGGCCCAUGACAACCGUUGCGGUUGUCAUGCCCUGAUGGUGGCCCUGAUCUAAGCAAUAGUCACAGUUUGACUAUUUUAGAUUAGAUUUUACAAUACUGUGUUUAGUGCAGCAGUUCACUGCAAACUGGUGAUUAGUGAAUAAGUCGCUCAAGUGUGAAAUGUGAUUCUAAGAUUUUUCUUUAGUCAUCCGAAAUGUAUUCUGUUUUAUGAAUGUGUCAUAAUUUUUUUAUAGGUGCGGAAACGUACCAUGAUCUGGUGGUUGAAAUUGAAAGACUGAACUACCGUAAACCGUACCUCGGUGGAUAUCGCCAUAAAGCGACUGGAGUUAUUUAUCACCAUGCCGGCACUCAGACUGUGCCAAAAAAGAGGCCAGACAAAGGAAUUGUUGUGUUCUGUAGAGACACACAAGUAAGGAAUUUAUAUAUUAAAACGAAAUUGUAGUGCCAGCAAUACAAAGCUGUAUUCCUGGGACUACUGAUUCCUCUGUCUCCGCCCCCCCACCCUCCCCCCGGUAAAUACCCUUUAUUUACUUACCUUAUACCAGCACUGAUGUCGAAGCUACGCCGCCUCCUUUGUCCCGCAAUGAGCAGGGUCUAAUGCGGAUGCACAGCAAAUGCCACAUGCACAUUAGACCUCCCCAUAGGAAAGCAUUGAAUCAAUGCUUUCCUAUACGGAAAAUCUGACGCUGGAGGUCAUCAUACAGAGCGUGAGCGUGUUUCACAUUGCAGCACUAGGUGCAAAAGUGACACAGCACCCAGACCACUUCAAUGAGCUGAAGUGGUCUGGGUGCCUACAGUGUCCCUUUAAAAUAUCUGCUAAAAUAUUAGAAAAGUAGUCCCAUCAUUUCAUUGUAACAGUGUAAUACUUUGAUCAAGUUUUCGUUCACUACUUUAAUUUAGAAACAUUUUAUUGUUUUUAUGGCAAUCUUACUGAGCAACAAAUACUCUCUCGUGCUUGACAGCUGAUGUUAGCCACAGCCAUGAUCAUUGUUCAAAUUCGUAUCUACACAAAAAUAUUGUAUACUGUACAACCAACAGUCCCUGUUUAGUACGGACAGACCCUGUUUAAUAUGGACAGUUCCUGUUUAGUAUGGACAGUCCCUGUUUAGUACGGACAGCCCCUAUUUAGUACGGACAGUCCCUGUUUAGUAUGGACAGUCCCUGUUUAGUACAGACAGUCCCUAUUUAGUACGGCGAGUCCCUGUUUAGUAUGAACAGUCCCUGCUUAGUUCGGACAGUCUCUGUUUAGUUCGGACAGUCCCUGUUUAGUUCGGACAGUCCCUGUUUAGUACGGACAGCCCCUAUUUAGUACGGACAGUCCCUAUUUAGUACGGACAGUCCCUGUUUAGUUCGGACAGUCUCUGUUUGGUAAGGACAGUCCCUGUUUAGGAGAUCUAUAUUGUUUGUGUGUCUGAGUAUUGCUAUGAGCUCCACAGCAAUAAUUCUGCAGUAAUGUGUCUUUAAACUACAAUGAGCAUGUUUAGAAAUCAGUCUGUGUAAAUAAGAUUCAUUGGUUUUGUUCUAAAUUACAUUUCCAUUGCUUACACUGUUAUUGGUAAGUCACCUAAAAUUUCUCUGCCCCUGGCCACACCCCCAAUCACACCCCUAAAGUUAAAUUGUCCAUCUUUGUCCAUUUGAAAUGUUGGUAGGUAUGGAACAGUGAAAUGUUAGUCAGUAAUAAUGCACUGGCAAUUGUAGAGGAUGUCCAUUAUUGGGUACAAUAACAGAGGUGGAAAGAUAACUGAUUUGGUGCCUUUUUUCUGUUGGGUUACAGUGGGCUACAAUUUGCAGUUCCAACAGUUUCCUAUUUAGUGACUAACUCUGAGUGGGCGGGAAUGUGAAAAAGUGCAGCACAACAUUAAUAACAAGUAUCACCAACUAGAUAGAUAACAGUAAUAAAAAUACCAUCAGUGUGCAUCAAAGGAAAAUGUGACUACAUACACUGCCUUUGCAAAAGCCAAAAUGAUACUUCAUAUUACGGUGUUUUAUACGGUGUUAACAUGCAGAGAAUACGGUGCCAAAUGAAAGCUGCAUAGCACACACAUAUACUAUAGAGCUGUGCCAAAAUGAUAUGAGGUCCUCUGCCAGAAUUUCUCCAGAAAUUACCAGAUAAACUGUGUUUUAGAAUAUAGAUCUUUCCUGUGUAUGUCUCUCACCUACAUGUUCCUCUAGUCUAACUGAUGUCAGUGAAACAAUGUUACUUUGCAAACACUGUGUGACAGCUGUUUGCUCACCAGGAAUAUAUAGAUAAUGCAACUUUAGCAGAAUUUAGAAACGAUCAGUUAUAAACUUUGUUUAAGUGAUCUUUAAAUUUUACAAGUGACAUUGACGUGCUUUUUUGCUUCACUGUGGCAAUAUACUGUUGAUGUGAUUCUAUAUUUAUUUUAAUUUUAUUUGGCAUGCACACACAGAGUCUUAAACGUAUAUACUCAGUGAUAUCUUUGCUUCCAUUCCCUUUUCAGACUGUAUUUGAAAAGAACAAGACACAGCAGUCAAGGAAUUCAAUGUCAACUCAAAUGACAAAAAUUGGUUGCUAUGUGUCAAAUAUAAGUGACAAAUUGAUACAGCCAAAAAUAUAUCUGACAGCCGACGAAUUCCAUGCGAGACGACUCAAAGCCGUAAGUAAAAUACUUAUUUUCAGUGACACAUUCGAGACAAAUGGAGCAAAAAGAUUCUAUGGGUUUCCAUAGACAUUGCUGCACUAUAGAACUUUGCUUGUUCUUACACUUGGUUACAUCCUGAUAACUGUCCUGCAAUAUAUUCUUGUUUUUUUUGGGUGUAGAUUAGAAGCACAGGUAGCGAGAUUUCAUUGAAUAACCCAAAUUCAAGUUAAUUUUCACCUAUCAUGUCAGGAUUUAAAACCUCAAGUGAUAUUCACACCAAAAAGGACUAUUUUGGGCAGGCAUUCCUUUAAAAAUAUGUAGCCUGUCAUGGCUAUCUCUUGAUAUGUCUAAAGGAAGAUGCCAAGUAUGAUACAUUAAUCAUGCAUGCUUUAGGAUUCAAAUUCUGCUUAUGCUACAAGAGAACCAGCCCUUAAUCUUUUAGAAUUUAACUUCACACAUCAACAAGGAGGGUAGUGAGCAGUUUAAUGUGACAGUUUUGUUGACAUUUUAUGAUGAAUUCCCAGAACUCUCUUUAACUAGCCAGAUGGCUCUCCAAAUCUGCCAUCUAUCUUGUGCAAAUUGUAUGUGGAAACAGGCAGAAAAUAUGCAAAACAACUGACAUUCACAUAAAUUAAAGUUACGAUUACCUGUAAAUCUAAAUUAAAAUAUGUUAUUUACAUAGGAAAGCUUUGCUUGCCCAUCUUGUACUCAAAGACUUGAAGUAGUUAGGUAGUUUAUAUAUUACAAACGAUAGCCUCAAAGUCUUGACAUAUCAUGUAAUUUAGUUAUAAUUUCACAGAGAUGUGCUCUACGAUAGAGAAGACCUUAAGAAGAUGGGUUACUACCGCCUAGGUUGUCCCUUUCCAGUGUAUAUAGCUCCAGAGUGAUUAUACCUUCCUGCAUGAAGUACCGCUCUCUCAACCAAGCACUAAUUGAGACUUAGUGAAGGGUGAAGAGGAACUGUUUUUAUUGAGUCAAGCACACAGAUUUAUACCCAGACCCCCAGCAUGGAGUCUCCAUUCAACACCACAUAAGCUUGCCAAGACAUGUCUGUUUCUGGGGGAUAAUUGAGUUAGCUCUCGGAUAAAUUCAUUAUCUCCCGGAUACAGAGAGCGCAAUACAUAAAACACCCCAAAACAUACAUAAUAAUACAGUGUACCCCCACAUUCCAUAUAUACCAGGAAAGGUCUCUCUGGUAUAUAUGGAAUGUGGGGGUCCAAAAAAUGCCCAGGUCAGAUGUGUCGAGCCCGAAUUAGAUUGAGGUAUAAAGUUCGGAGGGACGCUAGGUUCCAGAUAGCUGGAUAGAGUUCCCCGGUCACCUAAAAACACAGUGCUUUCCGUGGGUACAUGGAACUCCCCCAAGUCUUUGGUGUCAUUCUAUGCAUCUUCACCUCCUCUGUUAACAAUCCAAAAAGCACUCUGAUUGAGGACCCUGGGACCGAAAGUGCUUCAGUUGAAGUUUUUGCAGAUCGUGGUGACAAUGAGAUCCAACUUUUAGUUCCAUGAUGAUUUAGGGUUACUCCCAAACAGGUUCACCGUGGCUCAGUGGACCUCUUGGCGAAGAGUAGGCAGUUCUGGAUGGCCAGAAAGUAGCACUGGGCUUGCAGACACGGGCUGUAGGGUUAGUUCAUAGUGUUACAGUCUUUUUAGAGGAGGUGGAAGCCUGGGGAGACCUGUAGUAUCAGGUCACAGUAACAAAUAGCAAAACUGCACAGACAUGUCCCCCAUGCCAAUAACAUGUCUUCCAUGUCAAUAGCACGCCUCCCAUGCCAAUGAUAUGUCUCCCAUGUCAAUAACAUGCCUCCCAUGCCAAUGACAUGCCGAAGUUACACAUAGGGAAAGUAGUAGAACACCAUAAUGCUGCCAUGAUCUGAUACUCUGUUUAUUCAGGUAAUAGUGAUACAGACCUACUUCCGCCGUUUUCUCGCCAAACAAGUGGUGCAGCAGAUACGAGAGGAGUAUAGACUGAGGUUGGAAUGGGAAGCAAAAGAAGAAUUACGAAGAAAACGUGAGAAAGAAGAACGUUUGAGGAAGGAUUAUGAACGCAGAAUGAACCCAAAAACAAAAGAAGAUUUUGAACUACUCUACCAUGCUCUGGAAAGUAGGUAUUGUUAAUAUUCCACAUCUUAAAAUAAAGGUUUUAGUGAAUUUUUUUUAAGGCACGCUUGUGUAAGUUUUGCCCGAGGAAACAUGACCGUACUCUUACCAAUAUUUCUCUAAGUACUGGAGUACACAAAGUAAUAUAUUUUCUUUGCAGAAUGUGGGCAUACUAUCAAUAUAGGGAUAGAAGAGAUACAGAUAGUUAGUAUAUGGAUUGAGAGAUAAAGGAGGGGAAGGGAAGAUGGGGAGAUUCAUGGUGGAGAGAGCUCGGGUGCUGUACAGCUGUCAGUAUAAAGCCAUGAUAACUGUAUAACGUAUGUCUUAAAACUCUGCAUUUCCUUUCAAACAAAGGAACAAUCAGAAUUGGCUGCAGAACGCUGCCAUCUCUUGGUCAUUGAAGGUAUCGCAACAGCUUGCUGCAAGCACUUGACAUUCAAGUGAGUGGUGUGAGGUCACCUUCUAUCCAAAUUGCUAUUUUAAGGAAUUACAAUUUACAACUAACUACCGUCUAUACUCGAGUAUAAGUCGACCCCAAUAUAAGUGGCGGCCCCUAAUUUUACCACAAAAAACUGGGAAAAUGAUGAUCCCUUAUUGACUCGAGUAUAAGACUAGGGUGGGAAAUGCAGCAGCUACUGGUAAAUUUCUAAAUAAAAUUAGAUCCCCCCAAAAUUAUAUUAAUUGAAUAUUUAUUUACAGUGUGUGUAUAUAAUGAAUGCAGAGUGUGUGUGUUUGUGUAGUGUGUGUAUAUAAUGAAUGCAGUGUGUGUGUGUAUGAAUGCAGUGUGUGUGUGUAUGAAUGCAUUGUGUGUAUGUGAUGCAGUGUGUGUGAAUGCAGUGUGUGUAUGUGAUGCAGAGUGUGUAAAUGAAUGCAGUGUGUGUGUGUAUGAAUGCAGUGUGCGUAUGUGAUGCAGAGUGUGUGUAUGAAUGCAGUGUGUGUAUGUGAUGCAGAGUGUGUGUAUUAAUCCAGUGUGUGUAUGAAUGCAGUGUGUGUGUAUGAAUGCAGUGUGUGUAUGAGAUGCAGUGUGUGUGUAUGAGAUGCAGUGUGUGUGUAUGAAUGCAGUGUGUAUGUGAUGCAGAGUGUGUGUAUAUGAAUGCAGUGUGUGUGUAUGAAUGCAGUGUGUGUGUAUGUGAUGCAGAGUGUGUAUAUGUAAUGCAGAAUGUGUGUAUGUGAUGCAGAGUGUGUGUAUGAAUGCAGUGUGUAUGAAUGGAGUGUGUAUAUAUAAUGCAGUGUGUGUAUGUGAUGCAGAGUUUGUUUGUGUAUGUGAUGCAGAGUGUGUAACCUUGGUGGGGGGGGUGGGCAUUUUUAUUAUUUUUUUAUUUUAAUAUUACAUUUUAUUUUAAUUUUAAUAUUAUUACAUUUUUAAUUUAUUUUAAUAUUAUUAAAAUUUUUAUUUUAUUAUAAUAUUAUUUAAAACAUUUUUUUAUUUUUUUUGUCCCCCCUUCCUGCUUGAUACAUGGCCAAGGAGGGGGGCUAUAUUAUUCCCUGGUUGUCCAGUGGAUGGGCUCUGCAGGAGGGGGGCUGGGAGCAAGCUGUUACUUCCCUUUACAGCAGCUCCGUUCAGCUCCCUUCUCCUCCGGGCCGUUCAGCUCCAGUGUAAAUCUCGCGGUCUGCGUACUGCGCGGAGCGUUGCCACUGUAAUCCGUGGCAACGCUCUGACGGCCGCGGCUCUCGUGAGACUUACACUGUGAGCUGAACGGCACGGAGGAGAAGGGAGCUGAACGGAGCUGCUGUAAAGGGAAGUAACAGCUUGCUCCCAGCCCCCAACAAUGUAAGUUGCCAUAAUACAGACACUGACUCGAGUAUAAGACGAGUGGGGGUUUUUCAGCACAAAAAAUGUGCCGAAAAACUCGUCUUAUACUCGAGUACAUACGGUAAAUCCCCUCCUGUGAUCAUAUCUCUUAAGGAAUGGACAAUGUACUACAUGAAAUUCAGCAUUUAUUUCUGUUCUAGGUAUCGCUUCCAUGCAGCCAGAUCUAACACUAUAUCUAAUAAUAAUAUAAUAACAUAACUGUUUUAAUAGCAUUCUCUAAGAACGUUUGAGAACUGCAAACCUGGAAUGUAGUUUUCUUAGAAAAUAGCACCAUCUUUUCAAAUACAUUGAUUGAACAUCUCUGCCACAUUUGAUAUUUAUCAAGAGAACACGGCGAAACCUGAUUACAAUUUGUCUGUGACAUUGUAUUCAAUCACAAACAGUGAGUGGUCUCCAGUUAGUUCUGAAAAUAUAGUUAAAGUCCCAACUUGCUGAUUUAUUUGAAGACAGGGAGAUUGACAGCGCUAUGGAAUCUGAUUGUGCUAUAUAAAUAAUAAAAUGAUAAUAAAAUAAUAAUUGAGAGAGUGUCCUAGAUGGAUAACUUUCUUUCUCUCCUACCCAGAAUAUCAUGUCACAAGUCUGCGGGAAGCAUUGUAGUACAGAUGCGAUACUGUCAUUCUGUGGGUCUGUGUAGCCAUCUUGACGUUAUUAGAAAAUAUUUCUCUCUGUUCCGAUACGUGUGGUUAACAAGAUAUUGUUAUUAAAGGCUGUCUUGCACUGAGCAAGCAGCAUAUAUAAAAAAAUUAAUAAGUUACGAAGCUCAAAAUAUGUGAGUUCUCCUUGUUUAGGGACUGAACAGUUGGAAUCUUUGUAAGUAUCCUUAUUGCAUUGUUUAUAAAUGAUUGUGUUAAUGUAUUAUCUCUGUAGUGUUUUCAAAAAUAGUUUGAUUCUGUAUAUAUUUUCAUUUUAUUUAACAUUUUUAUAAAACUCCCUUCUAUAGUACAUUAGAAAUAUAACACAUUAAAGAAGGCCAGUGAUAAAACAAAUUUGCACAAAUAUCAGGAGUCAUAAUGUGUGCAACCUGACGCUGGGAAUAUGGCUGUCGUUAAAUGCUGUUCUUUACAUGGUAAUAAUUGAAACUGGUUCAUUCUAGUAUGGAGAAAAGAAGAAAUUGAGCGUAUUGAUCAGAUGUACAGUGGUACUGAAAGAACAGACGCUCUCUGUAAUCUUCUGGAGCAAGAAACACAGCUAAUAGCGUCGAUUGGACGCCAUAAAAUUGACGCAAGUGACGAUAACCAGAAAAAAGUCAUACAACAACUUCUAAGCAAGGUCAGUGAAGUUUAACCUUGUAUAGUAUAGGCAAAUGGUAAGGAUACAAAUAUGAAUAUGUCAGUGGAGGCUCGUUCAUAGCGACACUCGUUUUAAUGUGGGGAUAAAAUGUAUUGGCAGCAGUUUAGAAACACCAAGAUUAUUUUUCUGAAAGGGGAGGGUGGUAAACUAAAAAUAUGGUAGAACAUUUGUGUCUCUUUAAUUCUGUAAUAGGUUUCAGUACUGCGGGGCCCUCCCAUGUCAUUGGUAGCAGUUUGGGGAAACUUACUUAAAAGAAUCUAGGUAUGCCAAGAAAUGGGGCCGGUUUGAAAUCUGCCAUGUUUCAGCACAUGCCUAGUGUCCUUUAAGAAGACAUUUCAGACAUUUCCAUUAAGUUGCCAUGAGUGGAGGCAUGCUAUUGGCCUCUCUAUUCAGGGUCCUUCAUUGGCUGGUUAGACAUUACCCUUCCUUGUGGUGGAUCGAUAGUGUAUAUGAUCCCUUUAUAUCCCUUUUUUGUCAAUAUUUUUUUUUUUGUGUGUGUUUUUUUUUGUAUGUGAUUGUAAAUAAAAUCAGCUGGUAUAAUAGUAAAUCAGCUUUACGGAGUCACAUGAAACAUAACAAAAGUUGAAGGAUCACGACUGAAGAUUUCAACGACUCUGAGCUGUGAGUGCGCUGGCUUAUAAUUGCAGUGAUUUACUAAAACCACACAGCUAUAAACCAGCCCCACUAUUUUAGAUUUAUUUUUAAUUCCCCCCCCCAAUGCAUUAUCUAUGUAUUAAAUUGAGGGAUGGGGGCUCUAUAAGCGAUACCACUGUUUUUUUUAUUUUGCUUGAUUUUAUUUGUCUAUCUCAGUGCUCCCAACCUAAGAGAUGGAACGCAUUUGAUGGGAAACCGAUUGAGAUGGACACACCGUUCACCAUCCGGGCGAGAGAGCUACGUGACAUCUAUAACAGCAUUAUCGCCAAAAAUGUCACUCGUGACGAAAGGCUUGACGCGCUUUUGACUCUGAAACAUACCGUGAAGGUGACAUUCUUGCUUUAUAUUUUAAUGGAACCUUGUGCAUGUUUUGUAACCCUGUUUCACAAUUUACUAUUAUUUAAAAUGAUAAAUGUUUAUGAUUUUUGUUGUUUUUGUUUUGGUGAUGAUGUAUUGCAACUUGUGGUCUUUAUUUACUGCUUGUGUUCAUUAAAUGAAUAUCUGUACGCAUAUCUUAAAAUAUGCAUUUAUCUCCUUAGCACGUGCACACAGACGUUGGCAUGGUUUAAAAAUCAGAUAUUUCUUCAAAAGUGACGCAUUAUACUAGCAUUCCACUUUUAUUUACAAGAGGGUUUUUGGUGAUUAUUGGUUUUAAAACAUGUGCGAUUCUAUACAUUUUUUUUUUUAUAGCAAAUUGAAAAUAAUACUGAUUCAAUUAUGAUAUAAAGGAUAUAUAAAAAAAAACAUAUUUAUGGAUGUACAAUAUGUAUAAGCUGUUUUGAUUGAGACAUUUCAAAGUGCUAAACAUUCUAUUGGUUUCCAUGGUGACUUCUCCAUAUGUAACAUUUUGUCCCAGAAUAGCACCAGUGUAUCCUCUUCCCAAAUACAUUUUUGUGGUUUCUCAGAUAUAGUUCUUUGUGUGUACUGUUGCUUAGUACUAUACUUACUAGCAUUAGAGAGGGUUUGCAUCUUACGACCUAAUCAUUUUAUUGUCAUAUCUCAUUGUUUAAGUAUGAUUGCAAUUCACUUUUUUUUUUUUUUCCCAGGAGCAUGACUGUAAAUUAACGCAGGAGAUUGUUGAGUUGAUUGACAGGGAAGCUGAUCUUUUGAUGCGCGGGGUUCAGGAUAGCAACUUGGAUGGACUGCGGAGAAGAAUAUCCACUCUUUUCCUGCAAUAUAUAAAAGUUCCAACCUUUAACCCAGAGGUUGCCAGACUGCUGAAGGUAUUAGUGUUUUAUACUCUUUUUAUGUGAAUUACGUCAGCCAGUUCUAGAUUAUCCGUGAUUUUAAAUGGGUGCGUAGUAUGACCCACAGCACCCUGUCCGUCAGCUGUUAGGGGUUUGUAGUGCAGCCAUUGGUAGAACUAGAAGUUCCAUUAAUUAGACAAGAUGAAAGACAGGACAGGCAGUAGAAGCCCUUCCCCCCUACUUCACAUGCCUCUGUGGCGGUGAGGAGGAUUUGGAUAGCAUUCUCACCUUAAUAAUUUAAUAUAGAGCAGGUUUGUUCAAUGCAUUGUUAAUAUGUACAUUAAAGCACUGUGACUUUAAUUAAUUAGUAAUGACACUAUUUUUUUAAAAUUGUUUUUGCUCACAUACUUAUAAAUGAAUAAUAUACAUUAACAAUGCACUUACAGUAGGUUAAUUUAAUGCAAUUUAAUUUAUAUUAAUUUCCAAAUGAUUUAUCUACAGACAUCACUGUUAUAAUAUAUGCUAUUUUUUGUUGAUAAAUCAUAUGUAAAGCUUUUAUAACAAUAUCAACUCAUAGGGAAAACGUAUUAAAUUGGACGUUUAACGCUAUUUACAGAUAGGGUUAGAGAUAAUAUGGCAGUAAGAUUGUGUCAACAGACUGAGUCUCCUCUAAUAGUUUCUUAUUGUGAUUGGACUUAGCUUACAGUAAAUGCUGUAUGUUCUGGAACUGUGACCACAUUCUAUAGUAUGAUGAGAACUUUAAAACAUUUAAAAAAAUAAAUACAUUGAAAAAAGAGAAUAGGACAACCAGAGAGCUCAAAAUAAUGUCUUGAAUAUGUACAGUUUUGUCCCAUCUGUGAAUGUCGGGAGUUGAGGUUUUGUGAAUUUUACUUGUGUUUACGGGUGAGCUAAUUCUGAGGACACAACAAGUAUGUGACCAAAAAUAACAGACAUGAUUUGCUACCAAUAUGGCUUCACAAGGGAGUGAUUCGUUAUGAGGGGCAUACAAUUCACUCGUUAAUGCUUAUGUUUUUAAAUGUAUGUUUUUUGUGUUAAUAUAUAUCUUUUUAUUUUUAAUUCGUUCAGGUACCUCAGGACUAUUCUGUUCUCCAAAAAAACAUUUACUUCUGUCCCAGUUGUAAGAGCUAUCUACCGUCUACGGAGUUUUCGCUCUCUGCCAAUGCACACACUGUAGGCAGAUGCCGCAAAUGUUGCAAGUUAGAUAACGAAGCUCGAAAACGGGAAGACUUCACCAAAUAUAAAGCUUUACUCAAACAACUUAAAAAAUCAGAAACAGAAUAUGACGAUGGAGCUAGAAUAGCAUAUUUGUUGCAGGUAAAAAAAGAAAAACGAUUGCUAAAUCGAUCACGUGUUGAUCUAAGAAAAUAAAUAAACGGAAAAUGUGCUUUCUAUGUAUACUACAUGCUCAGGAGGAACAGAGAAGAGAUCUGUGCCACAAAUUCACAACUCACUUCGUCCCCUGUUAGGAGAAUCUCAGGGAUGUAAAAACAUUAGGUGGGUUCUAUUGUUAAAGGAACACUUUAGUGUUAGUAAUACAAAGCUGUAUUCCCAACACAAAAGUGUUCCUCUGCUCCCUUCCCCUCCUGUGUGGUUCACAAAGGGUUAAAUAAUCCUUUCUUUCACUCACCUUAUUCCAGGACCUGAGUCCCUCUCCACCUCCCUCUCCACCUCCUCUUAUGUCAGCGCCGAGGGGGAUCGUAAUGCGCAUGUUCAGAGAGCUGCGCAUGCAUUUGUUCUUCUCCAUAAGAAAGCACUGAAUAAUGGCUCAUUAUUCAUAUGGCUCAUCAGUGCUUUCCCAUGAAGGAUUUUAAGAUGCACAGUGCAAGGGCGUCAUCAUCGUCUCCGAAACUGCAGGAAGCGCCUUUAGUGGCUAGAGGCAGUCUUAUCCCUACAAUAUAAACAUUGCAGUUUCUCUAAAUCUACAGUGUUUUACAUUAAACGGUUAAAGGGACCUCUUCAAUGAAAUGAAACGGUUUGGGCUUCUAUAGUGUCCAUUUAAGGAAGGGUAUAUUAAUGAAUCACCCCCCUUUUUGCAUGGAUUAUAAGGGGCUUCACUAAACUAUGAAUUGUGGAGAACUGAGAAGGUAAUGGCACAUUUUAGAUCAACAGAGUUGGAGAAUGUUUUCAAAUCUGGCUAAAAUCUGCAAUUCUCUUGUUGGUCCUCAACACUCCACGGUUUAGUGGAUCGUUAUAAACUUUUACCAUAGGACAAAGAGGAUUUGCCAUUAUUUGUUUUCCAGUUACUUUAUCAACGGCAGCUUCUUUUCUCCACAUUCUUAUUUCACUGAUUCCUAAAUUCCAUCAUCCUCUUGGUCUCUUUUCCAAUUUCUUUCUCCCCCAGCCUCCCCAAUUUCAAUGAUUUUCCAAGGAAGCUUUUGAGAUUAUUAUUGAGGGAAUAAUGUCAGUGAUCUAUGCAAUGCUAUCAUUCGACAUUUUAAAUCUAUAUAGUGUAGUAAAAAUGAACAAGUAAUAACAUAGUUGGUUAAAACAAAUGGGUACAUAUGGAAAGAUAAAUGAAGUAAUAAGACAUGUAAAUAAAUAUGUUUAACAUUCAGGGAAGUGUUUAUGAAUUUUACUUUUAUUUUUUCUAAAACUGAACUUCGGCCUUGAUUUAAAAGUUAGCUAGAAAAACUUUCUAAAUGAUUUAUCUAAGAAUUAAAGUCUAUGGGAAUUUUUGUAGAUAAAUAAUUUGGAAAUCUUAUUAAAUCAAGACCUUAAUUAUAUAACACAUUGCAUAUAUAUAUUAUUGUAAACAAACAGUGUAUUAUUUUAUUUCAGCAACAAGACCUCCAGUAUCUUGUUGAGAAUAUCUGGAGUGGUCACUCCGUACUGAGUGCUUGCGAUGACCUGUACGAAUUAGCGAUGGUGAGGUGGGACAAAUAUUACGAAUGGUCUCCGUGGAACUGCAUUCUCCUAACCAAAGAUGAAGCAGCUGCACAUCUCAAGCUUGCCAAUGCAGAGCAGGUAAGAAUUAUUUAGCAACAUGUCCUUUAGAAAUCUCCUGCCUUGCUUUAUCACAGGUGAGUUACUCUUACAGCUCAAUUAUUUUCAGUCUGCUGGUUGCGCCCAAGGAUUUGAAAAUCGAAUUGAGUGUGACAGAUUGGGGAGGGUGAGCGCGGUCAUGCCAAAUUAUAUAUGCUUCAGUAAUCAAUGAGUGAAGGUAUAUUUUUGCAUACUUGUAUGCUGGUAACAUCAUUACAGAUAUAAAGGUUACUUGUAAACCACACGCAAAAGAUUAAAUGAAAAACAAAGUUUAAAAAUAACAUAUGUAACUGUAUUUACUAAAUAGUGAAUUUUUGUUGGACUGCAAACUAAAUUAUACAAUUUAGUAGAAUAUUUAGAAUAGAAUUUUUCCAAAAGCAUGUAUUCUGUUCUAAAGUUUGGAAGCCAAUUAGCUAUAAUUCAUUGUUUACUGACUAGAUGUAAAAUGUUAUUGUUUGAAUUUUUGAAAAUUAAAAAAAGUGUCACUGGGUGAAAAGAAUAUUGUGAGCUGCACCGUCUGCUGUAAUACACUCAUUAUGCCAAUAGAUGGCAUUGCAAAAUUACCUAUUGAAUGCUUUAAUUAUGAAACCACCAGGAAAUAUGAUUUUCUUGGUGUUUGUUUGUCCUUAAUAUUAAAUAAAUAGACUGGAAUGUAUAUCUGGUUGUAUCUUACAUUGCCGGCAUGAGGUACGUUAGUACUUUAUCAUUAGUCGCUGUAUUUAAAUAAAUUCAUCCCACCCAAAUAUAGGAAGGAAAAUAAAAGUGCCUGAUGGCAGCAUUAUUUACUAAAGUGAUAAUUUAAAAUGAAAUCAAAGUGAUGUUAAAUUUUAAGCCCAAAGUAAUGAAACUGGAAUUAUAUCAAUUCUGCUAUUUUCACCUUACAUUUGAAUUGUCACUUUAGUGAUAACCCUGCAGGUUUCCAGCCAAGCUUUUUGAAGGGAUUUUCUCCGAGAUGUGGAUUUAUUUAGAUUCGGGUUCCCAUAUAUUCCCCCCACUCACCCUGCUGUAAAUGAAUGCUGUAUACACAGGGCUGCAUUCACCGUGUCGAAUAAAUACUUAUCCCCCAGCUCUAGAAGUGUGCAAACUAUCUGGAAACCAACAAUUCUAGGAUCAUUUUAGGGGUUCAUUUUCUGUGUUGAGACUAAGUAUCAGAUAUGCAAACAAACAAGGAUUUAUUUACCUAACAAACAGGCAGAAACCUACAUCAUUUACAUAACUAUCAACAUUGCAGCAGAAUCAAAGAGGUUUACAUCUAUUUGGCUUGUGGCCUGCAGGCAGGGCUGUUCCUGGUCAACUGGGGUAUUUUAGUGACGUCAGCCAUUCAUGAAACUCACUUAACCUUUGAUAUCACAGAUAUACAUUGUCUAUAAGCAGUGUGUGUGUUUUUGGAGACACAGUAAGGGUUUCUGGGAGUUGUCAUUUAUCUGUUUUAUUUUCUCUGUAAAAUUUUAACAGCUGAACUCAAACUUACAGAAGUUAUGGCACAGACAUUUAGAAUAAUAGAGGAUAUUUCCUAUCUGACACUAGUCAGCUAGUAGUGAUAUAGGGACAAUGUGUGUCACCACUCAAGAACACACAGGGUUUUAGCCCUUAAAUUAAUAGAGAUUAGGGGGGGAGUGGGGAAACUGCAAUUAAAAUUAACUUUUAAUUCUAAGAUUAAAAAAAGUUGUAUCAUUCCCUAGUUUAGGGAUACUAAAACACUGGUGUACAAUCAAAGGAGUAUAUACUCAAAGACAGAACGACACAAAAAACUAACUUCUGGUUAAGAUACUAUGUUUGUAGUCGGGGACCAAAGCCGUAUCUAUGAUAAGUUAGAUAUAUGAGCAAGUCGGUUGUGGUGUGCCGAAAAGAGGGCAAAAAUUUAAUAAAAUAACCUUAUUACAUAUCUCUACAUAGCAAGAUUCAUAAAGGCUUGUCUACUCAAGUCUAGCUCUGGUUGUGGUAUGUAUUUAGUAAUACACUGUGGAUUUCCAGCAUCAUAAUGUUUAUGAUGUGAGCAGGGACAUUUGUCUAGAAGCAGCUGAUGCUGCCCCGAUUCUGAACGAAUAUCCCGAAAAGGCAUUGUGGUUGAGUCCCCACCUAGCUUAGAGUGUUCUGAGAUACAUUAUGAAUUUAGCUGUAGUGAGUGGUUUGCCUAGCAGUGUAAAUAGGGGCAUAUUGAGGUUUAGUCCAGUGAGUGAUAACCUGUAAAGGUAUGGCAUUUCCACCGGGCACCUUAUUGUCCGUAGGAUAGUACCUUAUCUCUGUACGUUCGUCACAUGGUAAGAGGAUGUGAACUGUUUGGUACUAGGAUAGGCACUUAAGAUAUGGUGUUGUAUUCCAGUCAGGUAAAGUUUUGUAGUGUUAAGAGAGAGUUUUAAAUUGAGGGGGCAAAAAGGAAAGGAGAGUCACGAUGGCGUCUAGUGAAAGUAUAUCGGUAUUAUGGUAAUCGGUGGUAAACUCGUUGUAAAGGUGAAAUCUCUAUUGUAUGCUCAUGUAUGCUUCGGGUUACUCUUUGUUCUAAAAGUUAAACAUGUGGGAAAGUAAUAACAAUCCCUCCAUAAAAUGCCACGAACAUGCCCUUGGGAUGGCUGAAUAGGUAGAAGCUUGGAGGCGUUGGAAAUGUCUGUCUUGCCCACCCAAGCUCCGGUCAUCCCCUAUGGCAUAGUGCUGGGAGAAUUCCUUAGAGGAAAUCAAUGAGUUGAGGCUAGGGGUGGGUAAUUAAUAUGGGUUGUCAAAUACCUUAUUAAGCAACGUGAUUGUGUUGUGGGGUCUAUCACUAGACCUGUGUGGAAAUGGUGUGUGAAAAUCUUGAUGUAGAAGUCGACUAAGUGACGGGAAGGGUGUACUUGGAGGUAAAGCUCCAGGUUGUCGAUGCAAACCUUCUCUAUGGUGAGGAGAAGUAGAGUCCCUUUCAUAACAAAAAGACUGAAGGCCAGGAUGAAUUCUGGGAUAGUGAGUUUCUGAUUGAGUCUGGGAUUCUGGUCUAUAGAACGACAGAGAGAUCAUUCUAGUAGUAGUAAGACUUGUACACUUAGACACUGUGGGAGGCAAUCAGUAAGGAGACUAAACUAACCCUUCGAGAUGUCUUUGCAUGUGGUCGGGGACACGAAGUAUGCGGGAGUGACAAUGUAAACAGAUGUGCUAGGGGCGGGAUUUGAAGGGAUAACAUAACCAUGAGAGGAAUUUAGGAGCCCUGUGGCUUGGCCGUGCGUCAGUGCCUGUGGAGAUUCCAGUCUCUCUAGUCCAUCGUUGAUGUUUUGUAUGGAGGCAAGUAGAGUAGAUAUCAACUGCUUGACUUCAUUGUAGUUAUCCAGAUUACCUGACUGUGAGCUAGUGCCCAGCUGAGGUGUACCGGUAAUUUGAGGAGAAGUUUAUAUAGUUUGGUUUGCGAGCUGUGGCCGGGAAUGGAAUCCCUAAGUGCCGUAGUACAGCUUGUUAAUUUUUUAGAAUGGUCCAGGAAUGUGGGGAACCAGGGUUAGUAGGCUCCAGAUAGUCUGCAGGGGUGCUAGGCCCAGCCGGGGUGGGUAGUCAGGUUGGGGUAUGGGGCAGUGAGGCCCUGCCUUGUUCUGGGAUUAGUAACAUGCUGAGACACAAACAGGAGUAGGGUGAGCACAACAAAUAAUAGCGUGAUUCUGUGUCAACUGGCUCUAGCUAAUGCUAAAGGCGAAGAAUUUAUCUUAACUACCAGGAGGGUGAGGCCCUUAAUGCCAAGUGGCUGAAAGAGGCUCUACCUAUGAUUUGGCCUAGUGGGCAGGGGCCACUGAAAGAUGUGUCGGGAACGUUGGCCUCUCGGGGACUGUAAAAAAGAGUCAAUAUAAAAGGCCGUGCUGGGUGAGGCCCUUACUAGUAACUUGGAGAGGUUGAUGUGAGGCGUUAGCUAUGCGUUGGGCCGAGGGGCGUAUACCUACAUAUGCGGAUGGAGAUGGGUGUUGCCCUCACAGAAUUGAUCACGAUGAGGCUAGUUACUGGCUUAGCUGGGAACCAGACCGCCAGUUGACAUACCCGAUCCGCGAAUGGGACGGGUGAUGGGUAGUAGCGAGGUGGGUAAAUGUACCUUGCUUGGGGUAGAAUGAGGUUUCCUUGCCAGAGGAAUGAGAUACUGGAGAACCUAAAGGGAAAAUUAUGAGUGACCGCUAAUUGGUCUUGUGACUUCUGUAGCUAAAAUAGGUAUAGGGAGCUAUGAAAUAACAAGCUAUCAGGGUAGUUUGAGCUAUCCUGGUAGGACUUAGAAUAUUUAAUUAUAUGGUCGUGACAGCAUGGGAAGGGGGUGUAUGUGUGGGGCCUGUGUAUGGUCUGGCGGAGGAAUUUUGUGCCAGCGUUGGCUGAUGUAACAUAGAUCAGUUAGAGUGGAGUUGAUGUAGGUUUAGUGAAGCCAUGCCUAAAUAGCAAGGGUUGGUUAGGAUGAUGAAUUUGAUUGAGUAGAAUAUAACAGCGAUGAGAAAAUAACCUUUAGUGCAUAAUACCUGAUUAUUUGACGUAGAGUCAAGGGGAUCGUAUGAUGGUAUGGUAAAGCCUGGUACACUAGGGUUUGUACCGUGGAAAAUGACGAUACAUAUACUGAACAUAGGAGUGGGGCGUGUUACUAAAAAGGUUUAGCGAAUAGGUGGUUGUGCUCCAAAUAAGUAAAAUACCUAUGAUGGGAGCAAGUAUACAGAUUGGCCAUAACACAUGGUAACAAAUGUGAACGUGAUGACUGCCUCAGAACAGUACCAAGUCCAUAAGUGAUAGAAUAAGACAUUGCAUUAUAUGAUGGAAAUGCUAUAUACGUAGUGAAUAUUAAACGCGUACCAGAGCUGAAUUAGUAAUGGGAAACUGACAAUAUCCGUGCAAAAUUGUAAAUAAUAACAAGAAACAUAGCAAACAUAACCGAACUACAGAGGGCAUGUAAGGACAAUUAGUAGCAGGCUAAAUACAUUUCAAAAGAACCUGGACAUUACAUGUAUCAGGGAACAGUGUAAAACUAACGAAUGGGUACUAUGAUUGUAGUGGCCGCUAGAUGGCAGCAUGUAACUGAGAUUAGAUUGGAGACUAGUUCGGUAGAAAUUGGACGAAAGGAAACUAACGAAAUGGGAAUGGAACAAAGAGCAGGCAGGAGUAGGCUAACUGACUUCCCUGUCCUGAACAGGGAAAAAGUCCCGAAUGGACGGUAUGUAAGGACGUAAACGUGUGAACAAUAGUGUUGGAUUUGUACAUGGAUUUAGCCCGUUCGGGCAGACUCACGGUUCGUGGAUUUGACUGAUACAGGAAGCAAACGAAUUGACCCGGAAGCUUCGAUGAGGUGAAAGGUCAGCUAGGCGGCUGGAAAGUACCCAGACUCGGCGGACACAGAGGUUUGGUCCAGGAAAAGGGGUCUCAUAGUUCCGGCAGGAACGAACGGCCAGUUCUGGGGAGGUGAGUAGUCUCUGACCACGUGUGGCUGGAACAGCGUGAUGGGAGUUGUUGGAGCAGGGAGAACUUGGUCCGAUCGGCAUGGGAGUCUCUGACUGCAUGUGGCUGGAACAGCAUGAUGGGAGUUGUUGGAGCAGGCAGAACUUGGUCCGAUCGGCGUGGGAGUCUCUAACCGCGUGUGGCUGGAACAGCAUGAUGGGAGUUGUUGGAGCAGGCAGAACUUGGUCCGAUCGGCGUGGGAGUCUCUGACCGCGUGUGGCUGGAACAGCAUGAUGGGAGUUGUUGGAGCAGGGAGAACUUGGUCCGAUCGGCGUGGGAGUCUCUGACCGCGUGUGGCUGGAACAGCAUGAUGAGAGUUCUUAGAGCAGGGAGAACUUGGUCCGAUCAGCGUGGGAGCCACAGUAGGCCCAGACCAGCUUGUAUGGAGUUUUAGGCAGUCUGCGUUGAUGACCUUUGAACCGGAAGUAGAAAUUAACCCGGCAGCCCUGUGGUGUAGGGGGCCUGAGUUUAAAUAGCCGGGUAACCCCUCCCACAACUUCAGGCUCCGCCUUCCAAUAUAUCAGAGAGAAAUAUUAAUUGUUGCAGAAUCCCCCUAAAGUUGCAGUAUCUAAUAACACUGUACUUGAUGAUUCUCCAGGUAUUGUUGAGUGAUUCGAUAUAGAAGCUGUUACCUGGUGAUUGAGUCUCUGCCAGAGCAAAAAAGUUACAAAGAGUAUGGGGAUCUCAUAAGUCUAUAGCCUAUAGUACCAUGAGUUCUAGGCGGCAGGGAGGGUGCAAGGGCCGGUUGGUCCCUGUUACAGUCUUAGUAUUUCCCAAACUACUUGCCCCUACGUAUUUCACAGCUGGCACUUGUUUCCUCCAUGUUGUGAGCCCGAGAUAGAAGUAUAGAACAGCUUGUAAUACAAGUAGUAUAAUGCCCCACACAGUUAUUGCUAAGGGAGAGAACGUAAAAAUAAAAAGUAACCAAAACGAAGUGAAACUGAUAUUGCUGAGUUGGUUCCUAAUGAACCAGCAGCUAAAAUAAUUCUAAGUUAGUCAAAGAGGCAAUAGUGAAAUCCGAUGGCCCUCUGGUUCAAGAGCCACAUCAGUAUACACUCGACAUGCGUUUCACCUGACAGCUGUUAGCUGGGACCAUGACCAGUGUUUUAGUAUCACUAAACCAGGGAAUGAUACAGUAUUGUUAAUAGGAAAACAUUGCUGCCAUGACGAAAAGGGUGGAACAAAGCUAAUUCCCGAAAUAAAUAAAAAUCUAAAUAAAUAAGUUAAAUCUCCGCCAUAAGCCCCAUACCCAUUCCCACUCAUUGUAUGGAGUCUGUGGGCACUUUGAACCAUUUUUCUGUCACACCGUGUUGGGGUGGUUUGUCAAAGUCGAGGUUCUUCCAACCCCCAUAGCCAGACCUCUAUUCAGGUGUACAGACAAUGCAGAAAUUUCACUUCUAAAUUAUUAUAUGUGAAUCCUUCAAACAUGGGCUUGCAAAAACAGGCUGAGUGAGGGUUUGCCCCGCAAAUUUUUGCAUAUAUCCCCACCCCAAAAAUCGGAACUGGAUGGGAAGAUCUCCAGGUAACAUCACAUGCAUGCAUCAAUGAUGAAACCCAUAAUCUGUGGAAAAUGGGUAGAAAGUGGGUGAUCCACCUGCUGAGGAGUCGUAUCAGUCUGGUCUCAAUGUAUACCAGGCUGACUGAUAGCUUCCAGGCUGGGUCCACAUACAGCACACCAUGCCAAGCGCGCUGCCGAUGCUCUCUCUGCAUGGUCCUAGUGCCCGCCAGACAGUGUGAUCAUGACUAAUGAUGCGCUUGUGCUGUGUUGCCUGGGGAAAGUUCACAUCCAUGGACACUAUGGUACAAAAUUGGGGCUGUCCCGCUGAAAGUUGGGAUCGUUGGGAAGCCUUACUUUUCUUGACAUUUUAUCCUACAGCAGCUGAAGUGCUGAACAUUGGCUGUACCUAGGUCAUUCCAGCUACUAUGGAACACCACAGUGGUGGGGUAGCAGUUCUGGUGGUAUAUUACAUGGACCCUGCAUUUCACACUAUGGUGUCAUUCUGUGAAUUACAGUUUAUAAUUCACUGUGUGACGUCAUACUGUACAUUACUCAGUUUGAUAAAAUGCCUGUUAAAAUAAUCAGAUCAUGUACGGUACUACAAAACAAGUCACUAGUUUAUAUUCUAGUGCAGUCUAAUGCACGCUAGACUGACUUCACGUAGUUAUACUGGAGGGAAACUUUCAUAAAAGAUGACAUGUCCCAGAUAGUACUUGGCUAAGGGGAGUGAAAUGUUGAUGUAAAGCAUUGAACAUACUUUGUCAUUUCCUCUAUCAGCUUGUCAGCUUGUUCUCUGCUCUGUUCUCUAACAUAGAAUAAUGAUAAUUACUGUGCGUCCUGCUUUGUCUGUGUCUGAUUGUAUGUCUGGGUUUAGCAUAUAAAAGCCACUUUGUAAAAACUCUUACUGUUCAUUUGUCAUUGCUUAUAGUUUGCUACACUUAAUAGGACACUGUAAGCAACAAAGUAGCAAUAAUGCAGAUACAAAAUAACAAAUAGGAAAACAUAUACUCCUGUCCCAAAAAGAAAUUGCCCCUAAAUAUAUAAACAACUACCGCUUCCUAAAAGAGGAUAUACGCUAUGGAACCAUACCUACUGAUAACAAAUCCAGGAGAGAGGCACAUUCUGUCCUACUAUAGAUUGAAUGUCCACAAUUUACAAAUAGGUUCCGGUUGGCAAAUUUCAAUCGGUAACUGAGCGACUGUAUUUAUUUACUACUUUCUGAAACGUCUUCUAAAAUCCAUUAUUAUGAAUAGAAUAGCGGUCAUUCUUAGCCCCAUUUCUUGAUCACCUUCAUGUAUUUGUGGAGAUAUCUCCUCUGAUGCUUUGCAAGCAUUAUGGCUGUAGCAGCAUUAUGGGAGAUGUAGUCCACAACUUCGGGAGUGCAGGAGGUUGCCAUCCCUUGGUCUAGAAUCAUAACUGGAUAUCAUUUCAUAGGACAGCCAUGUGCCCUGUUCCAUAGGAACAUUUAUUCCGUCUGUGGACUGAAAUUAGGAUGCACCUGGCUGCCGUGUUAAUCUUACCCGAUGAACCCUUCUAUAGCUGCCCUAGAACCAUUACUGAGGUAGAAAGAUUUAAAGGAACACUCCAAGCACCAUAACCACUACAGCCUGCUGUAGUUGUUACAUAGUUACAUAGUUACAUAGCUGAAAAGAGACUUGCGUCCAUCAAGUUGAGCCUUCCUCACAUUUGUUUUUUUGCUGUUGAUCCAAAAGAAGGCAAAAAACCCAGUUUGAAACACAAUUUUGCAACAAGGUAGGAAAAAAAUUCCUUCUUGACCACAGAAUGGCAGUCAGAUUUAUCCUUGGGUCAAGAAGUUAUUACCCUGCAUUGAAAGAUUAGAUCCUUGAAUAUUCUGUUUUUGCAAGUAUGCAUCUAGUAGCCGUUUGAACAUCUGUAUGGACUCUGAUAAAACCACUUCUUCAGGCAGAGAAUUCCACAUCCUUCUUGUUCUUACAGUAAAAAAACUUUCCUUUGCCUUAGACGAAAUCUUCUUUCUUCCAGUCUAAACGCAUGACCUCGUGUCCUAUGUAAAGUCCAGUUUGUGAAUAGAUUUCCACACAAUGGUUUGUAUUGGCCCUGAAUAUAUUUGUAUAAUGUUAUCAUAUCCCAUCUCAGGCGACGUUUUUCUAAACUAAAUAGGUUUAAAUUUGUUAACCUUUCUUCAUAGCUGAAAUGUUCCAUCCCUUUUAUUAAUUUUGUAGCCCGCCUCUGCACUUUUUCUAGUGCAAUAAUAUCCUUCUUUAGAACAGGUGCCCAAAAUUGCACAGCAAAUUCAAUCUGUGGUCUUACCAGUGAUUUAUAAACAGGCAAAAUUAUAUUCUCGUCCCAAAAAAUGAAUGCCUUUUUUCAUGCAUGACAAUACCUUACUGGCCUUGGCCACGGCUGAUUGACAUUGCAUAUUGUUGCAUAGUUUGUUGUUUAUAACAAUUCCCAAGUCCUUUUCGUGUGUUGUUAUCCCUAAUUUGCUUCCAUUAAGGGUAUACGUUGCUUGUGUAUUCUUUAUGCCGAAGUGCAUAACUUUGUAUUUUUCAACAUUAAAUUUCAUCUGCCAUUUGAGUGCCCAGUCCCCCAGUCUAUCUAAAUCCCUCUGCAGCAAAGUAAUAUCUUGCUCACAUUGUAUUAUUUUACAAAGUUUUGUGUCAUCUGCAAACACUGAAACACGACUUUCAAUGCUGUCUUCAAGAUAAAAUAUAAACAUGUUAAAUAGAAGGGGUCCCAGAACAGACCCCUGAGGGACACCACUUGCCACCUCUGUCCAGCUUGAAAACUUACCAUUAAUGACAACUUUGUACUCUGUUUUUAAGCCAAUGUUCUACCCAAGAACAAGCAUUUUCAUCUAGACCGAUUUCCUUGAGUUUGAACACUAAUCUAUUGUGUGCAACUGUAUCAAAUGCCUUGGCAAAAUCCAAAUAGAUCACAUCCACUGCAACACCCUGAUCUAUACUUCUACUUACUUCUUCGUAGAAUGCAAUCAAGUUAGUUUGACAUGACCUGUGCUUCAUAAAACCGUGCUGAUUUUUGCUGAUAACCAAGUUCUUCUCAAGGAAUUCUUGAAUAUUGUCCCUUAAUAAUCUUUCAAAUUUUCCCAGCCACAGGAGUUAAGCUCACAGGUCUAAAAAUUUCGAGGCAAGGAUUUUGAACCCUUUUUGAAUAUAGGAACCACAUCUCCCUUCCUCCAAUCCUCCGGAACACUUCCUGAAAGAAAAGAAUCUUGAAAGAUUAAAAACAGAGGUUCACUUAUUUCUACACUUAGUUCCUUAAGUACUCGUGGAUGGAUAGCGUCAGGCCCUGGAGCUUUGUUUAUAUUAACUUUCUUUAGUUGCUGCAGCACCUUGUCUUGAGUUAACCAAUUACAAUUAUUCUGCAAGUUUUUAGUAGCAAUCAUUUGCACAUCUAUUGCCAUGGAUUCUUCCUUAUUAUAUACGGAGGGGAAAUAGUAAUUUAAAAUUCCUGCCUUUUCCUGGCUUUCAUUAACUAACACACCCGUUUCACUUUUUUUGUGUACUUACACUUUAAUUUUUGUUUUUUUUAGAAUUUAUGUACUUAAAAAAUGCUUUGGGGUUAGUUUUGCUCUCUUUAGCUAUCAUUUUUUCAUUUUGAAGUUUAGCAAAUCGAAUUGCCUUUUUGCACACAUUAUUUGCUUCCUUAUAUCUUUUAUAAGAUGCGUCUGAUUUUUCCGAUUUAAAUGCUUUAAAUGCCCUUUUCUUAUUUUUAAUCUCUUGUUUUACUUCUCUACUAAGCCACAAUGGUUUUAAUUUGUUUCUUUAAUAUUAAUUUCCCAAUGGUACAUACUGAGAAAUGUACCUUUCUAAUAUUUGUUGGAAGAUGAUCUAUUUAUACUCAGUGUUCUUUUCACUAAAGAGUUUAUGCCAGUCAAUAUAUUGUAAAGCUGCCCUUAACUUAUUGAAAUUGGCCUUUUAAAAAUUAUAUGUUUUAGUAUACCCCAUGUGCUUUUGUUUUUUUGAGUUUAUUUCAAAGGACACUAUAUUGUGAUCACUAUUUCCCAAGUGCCCACGUACUUGAAUGUUGGUCAAAAGAUCAACGUUGUUUGUUAAAACCAGGUCCAUACAAGCAUCCAUUCUCGUUGGUGCUUGUACAAGUUGUGACAUGAAGGUGUCGUUUAUCAAGUUUAAAAACCUAAUUCCCUUUGCUGAGCUACUAGUCCCUCUGUCUCAAUUUAUGUCCGGGUAUUUAAAAUCUCCAAUAAUUAAAGUGUUACCCAGAUUUGCAGCUUUCUCAAUUUGCUCAAACAGCUGUUGUUCCUCGUCAAUAUUAACAUUUGGUGGUUUAUAACAUAUCCCAACCAAUAGUUGGUUUCCCUUCUUUUCCCCCAAGCAGAUAUUUACCCAUAAAGCUUCCACAUUAUCCUCCUCGCAUUCCAUUUGCUUAACAUUUGGCUUUAAAUCAUGGUUGACAUACAAACAUACCCCACCAUCCUUCUUGUUUUUCCUAUCCUUCCUAAAUAACAUGUACCCAUUUAAGUUAGCUGCCCAGUCAUGUGUCUCAUCCCACCAUGUUUCAGUUAUGCCUAUUAUAUCAUAUUGUUUAGUGUAUGCUACUGCCUCUAGUUCCCCCAUUUUGUUAUUUAGGCUCCUUGCAUUAGUAAGCAUACAUUUAAUAUCAUGCGUCACUUGUACUUUUUGUGAAUUAUCAACAUUACAUAGCUUCUCUGUUCUGAGCUUGCCCCUCCCCCCGUCUCCACCCCCCCUUAUACAGUGCUAAAGCCCAUCUCUUUUCUGUCCUAUCUCCGUUUUGUAGAUUGCUAUGACCCUCCCCCCCUAGUACUAGUUUAAAAUCUCCUCCAACCUUCUAGCCAUCCUAUCCCCCAGCACUGCAGACCCCCUCCUGUUUAGGUGCAAUCCAUCACUACUAUAAAGGUUGUACCCAAGCGCAAAGUCGGCCCAGUGCUCUAAAAACCCCAAACCCUCCUUCCUACACCAAGACUUAAGCCACGCAUUGACCUCUCUAAUCUCCCGCUGCCUUUCCACUGUAGCACGUGGCACAGGUAAUAUCUCAGAGAAUACCACCUUGGAGGUCCUUUUCUUACGUUUGCUACCUAAUUCCCUGAAAUCAUUCUUUAGGACCUUCCAUCUUCCUCUUACUUUGUCAUUGGUACCAACAUGGACCAUGACCGCUGGGUCAUCCCCAGCCCCUCCCAAUAAUCCAUCCACUCUGUCAGCAACAGAUUAUUAUGGUGCCAGGAGUGCCCUGUGCCCCCACUCCCCCCCCCACCUCCUCCAUUUUAACCACUUGCAAAUGGUUUGGCAAGUUACCUGGGGUCUGCCCCGUGCAGAUCACCCCCCCUUUGGGAGACGGAACAAUCACUUUCAAACCACUGGCAAUAUUUUCUCCUCAUGCAGCUGUCCGCGUGCAAAUCCAUGGGAUGUAAAUGAAAGAUCCCAUGAGGACUGAAGUCAUUAAUUCUGACAGAAAUAAAAUGUUCAAGGAGUCCGUGUCUUGUUAUGUACGUAUUAUACAAAUAAGAUAUUUUCCUUUGUAAUGAUAAUCUAACAUUAGUAACUUGGUGGUCUGUAUUACAUACUUUGUAGACUUGUUUAUAGCAUGUGUACAUAUUUAAUCAACACAUUUCUUUUUCAUUUAAAAAAUAAUGACCAUUUUUAAUUCUAAUUUAAUAUAAAAAAAUAUAUAUUUUUUCUCAUUUUACAGGCUUAUAGUAUUGUUUUUAUUAAGAAGAUCAAGCACAGGCAUACUCUUGCCAGGAACUAUUUUGCGCAGAUUGAAGAGAUGGCACCAUUCCUAGGUGGGGAGCGAGCGAAUCCGAAGGCUACAAUUAAUGAUUUGAUUACUAGCAAAACUAUGACAACAGUUCCCCACGUUUGACCUCCAUUUAAUCAUCUUGAUCUGCCUGUUUUUAACUUAAUUCCACAUGUACUUUCAUCCACAUUCAUAUACCGAGCAAAGCAUUGGGUUCCAUUAAUAUCAGAUAUGUUAAGUUUAAUUGUUUUGUAGCACAAUAAACAUAAAGUAUUGUGCGGAAUUAUGAUGUUUGGG